AGACAGCUGUCACUGUGCACUUUGGCCGUCACUUGUGUGUUGCUGUCCACCCUGCAGAGACGAAUUGCAAGGUAAUCGUUGCAACAAAUUUUCCCACAAUAAUGUCGGUUUUUCUCCGUUUUUAACCUGAAGACUUGUUGCAUUGUAACUCAGAUGUGUUUUCAGUGUUUUGCGGGCUUAUCCAGAAGAUAACUCGUACACUUCCACAUUAACACAGUUUGAACACGAAGCUUCAUCAAAGUUAGAUUAUUAUGCGCAUUUUAUGAUAUUCUGAAGUGUAUGUGACAACUAUGGAGAAGUAUUACCAGUAUGAAGAUUUGGAUAGUACUGAUACGAAAGCCAACAACGUUGUACUGUAGUAAUCAUUUGAGUGCAUACAGCAAGUAAGUUCUCCAGUUUAUGAUGAGGCUACUUCAAAACGGUUUACAAAGUCUAUAAAAAUGCAUUCUCAAAUAGAUUUAGCAUGAGGCUGUGUAGGUAUUAUUACAUGUCUUUGUCCUUUGUUUAUACUGAGUAAGAUUGAUGCACCCCAAAAAUAAACCUUAUUGCACUCUCAUUAUAUUGACCUUUAAAUAUAGGUUACAUUAGUCCUUCAAAUUAAGAUGAAAUAUGGCUAGAAAAAUUAUAGACUUGGUGUAGAUUCCUGUAUUUAUGGCUUUAAAUUGGAAAAGAAACACCCCAUAGAAAAUGUGUAUGUUUAUUGAAAAUAAGAAGUCUGCCUUGGAAAUCCAAAAUGACAAGAUGACAUAAUGGCAUCCAAAUGAUAUAAGUGUGUGCAGCAACAGUAUUCACAGACUCAGACAACCGGGGAAUACCACUUGUCAGAAAAAUAAAGUAACCACCAGGAUCCCAAUGACCAAUUCAGCUAUAUUGUUUAGCUAGGUGUGGAAAAUAUGGCAAAAUAUGUUAUCAUGGUGUCACAACAACAAUCUCAGUUUCAUCAAUGAUCUUUUUCAUGUUAAUUUUCAGACUGUUUCGCAAGUUACUGACCUGUAUAAACAAACUUAUUUCUCAUUUUAAAGUCACGGUUUUUAAAAGAAUAUCAGACUAUAAUGUCACCGUUCACCCCAAGACAAUCAGAACUCACAGGAAAACUUUUGAAAUGUUGGCCUAAUAUUUUCAUGCUCAACAUGUGCAGCUUAAAGUCACUUGAUGUGGCAGACGUGCCUUUCGUGCAGCCUGUGGUCUAAUUGGUGCACUGCAUUGAUUACCACAUCAACAUGUAUCCAUGCAUAAGCAUAGUGCUACAACAGAUGACAACAUCAUGGACAUGUUCUCAUCCUUUACAGUCUAAUAUCAACUCAUUACACACACUUUAUGACAUGAGAUUGUUUAGUGAGUGCAGCAAGUGUAAUUGAAUGAUUCAGAAUAUAAUACUGACAAUCACAAAGAGACAUUUACAAUAACGUGUGACUAAAGUUUAGUAAAUUCAGUGUUUCGAUGAUUAUAGUCGUUGUCCAAACCUCUACAACUAUUGUAUUGACAACCAUUACCCAGCAAACUCUUCACUACCUGACCUGACUGAGACAAAAUAUCUAAUUUACAAGCUUUUGAGAACAUCUCUAACCCCAGCUCCCUCUGGAUUUUGCUCAUGGCUCAGUUUAAAUUGUUGAACCUGCUGUAUGCAUAUUUGAUUUGCAUUCAGACUCAGUCGUUUCAAAGCAGUCUUUUGAGAGCAUGCUUAGUUCUAGUCUUAAAGAUGUGUGUGUCAAAUCCUAAAUCAUCUCUAAAUUCAUUCAUUAUGCAUAUGAACUGUUUUUCCUGCAGGCUGGGGAGAACCUUGAGUGAAGUUAUAGUUUACCUGCAAUGAUGAAACUCUUUUGCAGGAGGGUCAGGUACUGGGUGGGAAUCUAGCCCUGUUUUAAACAAAGGAGGGUGAACUUUGAUGGGGAGAUCUUUAAGUGGUUUCCUUGAUAGGACAAUGCAGAUCUCAUAUUAUUCUCCUGCAGCAGAGACGUUGAGAGUUCUAGGUUAGCUUUUCAUGCCUGCCGAGAGGAGACAAUAUACUGCAAGAUGUGGGAGAGAGAAUUGAGCCAUCCUGCAGCCAGCGGCCAGGCUUUCAAAAUCUUCCCCUGCCUAGGCAGAGAUUUGAGGAGAUUAACACACUAGCAUUAGCUCUGAUACAAGCCGGGGAUUGAAUUAAUUAUAGACUUUGCUGGGCUGUGGUACAUUCAUGUCUUGUAGCAUUGAUAUACCCCACAGCCCCCCUCCUCCACCCCCAAUAGGACUGGAACCUGUCCAACUCAGGCAGCAUUGAAUGCUCUAUUUUUACCUUCCUCCUUGUUUCACUCAGGCUCAUGCUAAUGUGAGAGAUAAAUAAAAUCAAGUGAUUUUUUUGUUUGCAUGCUCUUGGGAAACUAGUUUACAUAUUUUGCCUGAUGUGCCCCAGAGGAGUCCACUUUGCUGCAGAUUUUGUCCGUGUUUUUGAAAAGGUUUUGCUCAGCGGGCCAAACAAGUGUCAUGAAAAAGUUACUCCAAUGAAGACUCAUGAAGACUGCCAUUAAAGCAUGUGUUUCAUUGACAGAAAAUGACUGAAGAGGCUGUAGAUGUCGUGGUGGUUGGCUCCUGCAUGACUGACUUGGUGAGGUAAGUGAAUCACGUCCUAAACUUAACCUUUUCUUUCAAAACAUGUCACGUCGGGACUUUGUGAUCUACCUGAAAUGUCCUUAAAUUGAAUUUGUAUUGUCUGUGAAGGCUAGGUGCAAAGUCUAUGGUAAUUCUGGCUUUCCGUAGGUGACAGGAAGUAAGCAGCAUAUUUAGUAAAAGUACAUGACCAUAUUGAAUUUUAAUAAAAUUCUUCUUAUCUUAUCAUAUUUGGAAGUUUAUUGAAAAAAUGUGAAUCAAAAUGUUCAAACCUCAAGGUAAAGAAGAUUCAUGUGACUUUACUUGAUAGAGCUUUAAGGACAGGAUAUUAGCUUUUAAAAACAUGUUUUUUAUGUAGUCCAAAAAUGUAGUUUGAAUUUGCUAAAUAACCUGUGUAUGUUUCAAAUUAUAGUAUUUUUAUACUUUUAAAACAAAAGAGGAUUUAAGAGUCGUAAAAAGUUUAUUACAGUAAGAUAAGAAGAAUUUUAUUUAUCCCCGAAGGGAAAUUCAAUAAAGGUAAAUAAAGAUAAUAGAAUAAAAAAAGUGGUGAACUAUUUGCUUUUGAAUACAUUUAAGUAAUCAAAUUAUUUUAAAAAAUAGUACUUUUUAUUUUUUCCAAGUAAAAGUUAAUAAAAAAUGAGUGUACAAUCUGCUUCAUUAUAUUCAUUUAGAAAAACACUGACAUUUUUCAACUCACAUGCUACAGAUUUACGGAUUUGCAGCUCUAAAGUAACAGAAACAAAAAAGGAGCAAAAAACAAAAAAGGCUUAACCAGCAGCUAAGUUAUUACUAGCACAUAUAAGUUUGUGUAAACAAUUCAUCUUCAAUUGUAUUAAUUGGUUUCAUCAGGGCAAAUUCAUUUGUUUAUUUUGAAAAAGAGUCAAGUGAGACAAAAGCAUUCAUACAGUGGUCACAAAAAUGACAUUUGGGGUUAAAGCCACUCUGAGGAGUUUUCAGCUGGUUAUCUCGCAGACUGAAAUGAACAAUGAUCAGUCUUUAAAAGCAAACAAAGCCAUCAAUGACAGUGCAGAUGAUUAUUAUUAGAAACAUUAAUGACUGUAACUUCUGUGAGGGGGCAGGUGUCAGACCUGACGACUCACAGCUGAUGUGAUGAAACAUCUUAGUUUCUAUUUUUUUCUAAAGCAAAUGUUCAUAGAAAGUCAUUUCACAGUUAAAAAGGUACACAAUUGUUAGACAACACCUACAUACUGUAUGUGCAGAUGAAAUGUGAGAGUUUCCCCCUUAGUCCACCGGUGGCACCUAAACCAACAAAGACAGAAAGUUACUCCCUGGCGCUUUAAGUAACGUGUUUCCUCAUGAUUAUUGUGGACAUGAAAUGAUGAAAUGAUAGCAAUACUAUAUUUUUGGGAAACUUGAAAAUUAAACAAUUAGCUUUCCAAAGCUUUCAGCCGGAGGCUCAGACACAGAUAUGUGGCAACCAGCGGGAAGGACCGCUGCCAUGAACUCACAGGGCUCUAUUUUCGUGUCUGCCGGUGAGGCGGUGGAGGGUGGCUGACCCCGCGCAGUGGUAUUUUCGUCUGGCGGAGCCCGGUGUACAGCCAGUUUGGUAUUUUCGUAGACUGAGGUGGCAGGUGGCAACAUAUAUGGCAUAGAUGUUGGCAUAUAAAAUAAAUUUGGCUCACAAAACGGAAUAUUAUAAUAUUCGUAUGUAGACUUAAAUUAAAUAACUCAUCUGAUCACUGAAACAAAUCAUCUGUUCAGCCGCCGGAGCAGCAGCUGCAGCAGGACAGGGAGAGGACAUGGAGACAUGUCCAGGUCCAGCUGCGCGAGAAAUAAGAAGAAGAGGAAGAAAGAAAAGGAGGGAGAUGAAUUACAUAACUUGUUCACUUCAUCAUGUGUGUCUAUUUACUAGAUAUUUAAUUUAAUCUAAUUUAAUGCGGUUUCAGCUGUGUUGAUUCGGUCAGGUUAAGUGUCCAAACGCGUGCCAAACGCGCUCAUCAGUUCUGAUAUAGAUCUAAAUAUAUCUAAAAAGAUCUAAAUGUAUGUGCUGACUCAGAUUAUUAGUUGUUGAUGAUUAUUUAUUGCACUGAAAUGUGCCUGACACUGUGGAAACCUGCCAGUGAGGCAUUAGUGACUUAUGCUGAUACUCCGCCGGUCUACCUAAACACCACUAGACCAGCUGCGCUCCGCCUGCGCUGAAAGCUGACCAGGUUUGAAUUGACGAGCUUUCAGCGCACUUUACACGAAAAUGUCACUGCGCCAGCUGAUUCUCCCGAUACCUCCCCCUGCCACGCCACCACGCCCAGCUUGGCGGACCUCGGUGCGCCUCAGUCUACGAAAAUACCAAACUGGCUGUACACUGGGCUCCGCCAGACAAAAAUACUACUGUGCGGGGUCCGCCACCCUCCACCGUGUCCCCGGUGGACACGAAAAUAGAGCCCCAUGUCAACAUUUCAUUUCUUUAAAGGUGGAUAUUGUCAAUUCCUGUAUAUUACAACUGCCCCGGUGUUCUUAAGUCUAAUAACUUUGUUAAUGUCUUCUUCUGCUUAGAUUUAAUUUUUUGGGUCAAUUUAGAACCAUCACAUCCUUUAAAACUACUUUCAGUUUUGGCGCCCCCUGUGGACAAAACAGUCUUUGCUCAUGUCCUUAUACCAGAGUUCUCAUCUUGCUGGCUUUGAACAGUGAAAUGUUUUAUUCAUUGAAAAAUUAAGAGAUGUUUGCCUGACACCUACCCCCUCAGUAUCUCUUGUAGGCAUCAAAAUUUCAAUAUAAAGACUGGAAAAUUGUCCCAAACGAUGUGGUUUGCUUUGGUGUAUCACAAUAAUCCAUCAGUUUGAAUAACAGUCCAUGUAGAAAACUGUGCAACACAGUAAAAGAUCAUUUUGUUUGUAUUUAGCGGAUCUAUACUGUAUGUUCUUCUUUACCUGUGAAGAUACUAACCUUUUACAGCCUUAGAUUAAGCCUCUUUAAGCACAUAUUUAUACCCUGCUUUACACACUGUUUCCUAUUAUUUUUAUUAACUAGCACAACCACUGUUUUCCAUAGGGGUUUUAUUUUGACAUGCAAGCUGCUGGAAAAUAUUGGCAUGAGGGCUUGUGGGUGUUUUCCGUCAUGGCUUGAAAUGGGCUGCAGAGUUCUGUCUACUCAAGAAUAGAGGAAGUGGUCUAUACUUAGAUAAGGCUGCUGCUGUUACAGUGCUUCCAGUACAAGACCAAGAUGUUAGAAAGUACAGCCCCAGUCUGACAGUGAUUCCUCAAAGAGCAGGUUUUAGAUCAUUAGUUAAAGGACAGUAUAAUUUUUGCAGUUUGCUACACAAGGAUUUCAGUCUAAUAAGAUAAAUUAUGUUUAAUUGUAUCCAUGUCUGUAUUAUUAUGAUUGGAAAAGAAGAAACAUUACAGUGUCAUUGUUUGUGUGAAACUUCUUCAGUCAGCAUGGAAGUAUCUUACCUGUUAGAUAAAGGCCUGGGUGUAAUUACUUUGUUUUUACACUAUGUUAAUCCAGUCUGUUGAAGCCUAAAUACCUCCAAUUUAAUAAGAGCAGAUUUAGAGAUGAAAAAAAAAAGAAAAAAAACUAUCUGUGAGUAAGUUUGAAAUCAGGGGGAAUCCCAUCACAACCUCAGGUUGACAUGUGACUUAUUUCAUUUCAUUUAAAGUUCUCCUUUGUUAAAGAGACAUAGAAAUCUUGAUUUGUAAUUAAACUUGCCAUUCUGUGUAUUCUCAUACAUAUUUCUGUCUGCAUUUCUUAUGUUAGAUGAAAACAUCAACCUAACCUUUGCAUUGCAAAAAAAUCCUGACUGUCCGCGUUGUGCACUUCAAGACAUUAACUUUUCUUUUCAACUCAUACUAUUAUCUGCCAGUUUUAUAUGUUUAUUUUGUUUAUUUUUUUAUUCUUAUUUUUAGUUAAGUAUUUUAGGGUCUAAGUCAGUAUGAGACUGAAUGUCCACUCGAGUAUAACUCACAUUGCUUGCUAAUAGCCUUUUUUGCAUCAUGGCUGUUAAUGUUUACAUGAGGCUGUAAGCGAGGGAUUAUAUGGGGGUCACCGGUCUCUAGCUCUGUUAUUUUUAAUAAGGUCACAAACAGAGAAAAGUUCUGGAAAAACUUAUGAAAACCAUAUGACUCUUGGUGAAAUGGGUUAGUCUGUUUCCUCUUUGGGCAGAGAUGUUUGACGUAGACAUGCUGACCACAUAGUUUCAUAAAGUUCUCAGAAAGCUGCCCUGAAAAAAUUGGCAACAAAUGAUCACACAGUGUCAGAAUAUUACUGUAGAUUUAGUCUGAAAAGGGAUAUACACCUGCCUUUUGUCUCAACACUGACAAACACAGGUCGUUGAAUUCAUCAAUCCUAUUUACAAAAGUACAAAAUUAAGGUACAGAUACGUGUCAGUAUAAGUUGCUUAUCCAUUCCAGCACUUUUAUAAAAAGUUAAAAAUUAAAUCAGCCAGCAAUAAGGUUGACCAUCAUUAUAUCCUGACUUUUAGUGCCUAAAACUGGUGUGAGGGGGUAGGUGGCAGCUGAGCAGCUGAAGAAACAGCCUUCUUUUUACAAUUUCAAACAAAAUAUUCACAAUAAACACUUGACUUUAAAAAAUUAGCAGGAUGAGAUAAUUAAGCAUUGAGAGGACAAGGACAAGGCUGCUUGUCCACAUGUGGGGUAUCAGAACUUGACGCAAACCAGAGGAGCUUUAUAGGUUUAUAUCUAGGCUUUCUGGACUUGAUUGAUACAGGACAAUUGAUAGAGCAAGAGCAGGGAGAGGAUAGACGUCAUAAAACAGAGGACAGACUAAGAAAGAGCAGCAGCUGCUAGCUAGCUAGCUUUAGCGGUCCUCUAAGUGAUGAUUAAGUGCUUUUAAAAAGUGAUAUUCAGAGAUUUACUGACUCAAAAAACAACAUCAAAGCUUGUGCCUCUUCUGGUAACUCAUCAACUAACCGUUUUGCCAUUUUUGAACUUUUUCAUUCAGUUUCAAAAACUUGUAAACUACCAGAUGUAGUGUACUUCAAAAUAAAAGCAUACAGAGAGAUUGACAUUGUGUUUAAAAUUAUGUAAAGAUUUUUUAAAGUAAAUUUCUGUCAUGUUACUCCAUAAAUCAAGACACAUUAGUCUUUGAAUGGUCUAGGAGUGGCUUUUUGCUCUUUAAUGACAGCUAUGGCAUAAAGUCAUGAAACUGGAAGUAGCAGUAAUGUAGAAAGGCUGUAAGAGGUUUGAAGUGGUUCAUUACUGGAGGUUAAUCCUUCUCAGACUGUAAAUCACUGCUGCAGUCACUGACAGAUAAUAUAGGUGUGACCAUCCCAUGGUGAGGCAGGCUCAUGUUUCAAACACUCCAAAUGUGCAGAUGAUCCGCAGUAAUUACUGCUUACUGAAAUGUCAGUGUUGCAUCACCAUCGUACGUGGUGAGAUCUGUUGAGCCAAGUAGGAUCCAUUCCGGCUAAUGGUUAGUCAUCCACUCGCACACAAUAAGAUGGUUGAAAACAAUUUGUCACCCUCAUUUACCAAAAACCUUUGUGAGGAAUGACACCAUCUCAAAAGAAGCAAAUACAGUGGAAUGUCAAGUCCUUAUGGGCUCCAGCCAAGAUAAUGUCACUCAGUCAGCGCGGAGACGGGUGUUGUCGAGUAUGUGUGACAGUUUUGUCAUGCAGCUUGUGUUAUAUUUUUAUAGGGAAGAAAUGUCACCUGGUUGCCAGAAAGCGGAGAUCUGAAUAAACAAACACAAUCUGUGCUAGUAGGAGAAAAGUUUCUUCGCGCUUGCUACAACUGCACUCGUCACGUUGUCACUCUCAAGUCCCCGCUCAUCAAAAACAUGUGCUGAGUAUUUAUUCAGUUGCUCGUUAGCAAUUCAACCACUGACUCUGUGCUUUGAAGGGCAGGAGUUGUCAAUUAAAGCUCUAAUAAGCUAACGGGAAAUGGCCUGUUUUUGGAAAGAGUGUGUGUGUGUGUGUUUGUGGGGUUGGGGCUGUUUGAAUAGAGGUCAGAGCACGGGUAGAGGAGGGUGGUUGGAACUCAUUCACAGCCCUUCAAAGUGAUAUGCUUGGCUUUGAAGUUAGAAAUCCAGUUGUCUUGAACAGCCAGUGUUUGGGUGGAAGUACAAUUAACUGUCAGACAGUAGCAGCACACACACUCUCUCUCUCUCACACACACACACUCACACUCACACAUGCAUGCUCUCUGCAUGCAUACUCUGUCUGUGUUACGCAGGGGAUGUCUGUGCUCUUUAGUUAGAUGUACAUCCUUCAGCCUGCAGAGAAAACUAUGCGACUUAAUUUGUGAAAAGGUUUGUUUGCACCAUCUCCUGAAAAGAAAAUAGUGGAAGGAGGAGAAGGAGCAGUGUCUCAGAAAUUUGACAAUUUUUUAAAGCCAUACAGUGCCCCCUACUGCCACAGCUAACUGCUGGCCUUCUUUGUGGUGUCAGUGCUGCAACACCUUCUUUCCUUCUUUACCUGUGACUCUGUUGUGCUUUAACUUAACUGAGGACAAAUGAUCCAACCUAUGUGAGACAGUCCACCAACUGGCUCAGAUUUACAGAAAGAAUUCACCUGAAAUGCAUUUUAAGGUUGUUGUUUAUUUUUUUUAUUUUAUUUUAUUUUUUAUUCCCUGUAAAAUCCAAGAGUAUGAUCAGCUUCAGCGAAUAUUUGGCCACGUGUCAGCUGAUUAUUUACAGACUUUUUUUGGGAAUGACCUAUAAGAAUAUCUUACCAGUCUAUUAGCACUAUUAGAACUAGUUUAAGAUUAACUUCAAACUGAAAUUAACCUAAAAUAAAACUUAUCUUCUUAGGCAGUGAAUAAAUUAGCCAUGUUUGGUUCAGACUAGUGUGCAAAAACGAAUAAUUUACAUGUUACAACUGGCCCUCUUAAAACAACAAAUAUGAAAGGCAUUGUGCAACAAUUUGCUAACCAAGUUAUCAAUCGUCUCUCCUAAUGUCCCGCCCACAUCACUUUCUGAUUGGCUAUAAGUAUAACUGCUUAACACCUGUGUAUGAUGUUUUGAUGAGUUUUCGCUGAGUUUUGGUUAAAAAGUUGAUAAGAGCAUUUAAAGCUCCCAUGAGAAGUUUUUUUAUACUCAUGAAAAAGUCAUGAAACUCUCAUUGAUGGCCGUUUUUGAUAUUGAAAAGCAAACAAGACCAUCAGGGACAAGCUUAAUGAUUUUUGCAUCAUCAUUCAAACGCUUGAAACCUGUGAGAGAGGGUAAGUGUCAGCCAAGCAGCUGGAGAAACAGUCCUACUUUAACAAUCAUCACAAAACACAUUCACCAUGAAUGACACAUGUGGCUUUCAAAAGUCAGCAGGAUUGUGGGGAGGACAGGAUUAGCAAAGACUGUUUUGUCAAUGGGGUUGCAGGAUUUGACAUUAACAUAAAGUUUCUCACAGGAGCUUUAAAUAAAGUUUUAUGUUGGAGUUUUUAAACAAUCUAAAAAAAAGUAAUCCAAAGUUUGCUUGUUUUUGCUGUCAGUGCAUAUCGUUUGAUGAUUGCUCUUGUGAACUACAAAAAGUCUGUAUUGGUAUCAGUAUCGAUAAACAAAUCAUGUAAAAAAAAAAAGUGCACAUAAAACCACAAACAAUAUAUUGCAUUGUAUAUUACAUACAGUAUAAUGCAUAUAUUCUGCUUUAAUCACAAUAACAUGAAGAUGCCUUGGUACAAUAUAUUCAAUUGAGCUACAGUAAGAAAUGAGUUUUUAAAUGAUUCAGUUUGGGGGACCCAGGAUCAUCUGCUCAUACUCAGAGCAGAGGAUGUGGGAUCUUCAGGCCAAACAUAGAUUUACAACCAUAGAAAAGACCACAUUGGAUGACAACAUAUUUCUCUCCGUAGAUUAUUGAAUCAUUGGCGGCCUGAAAUAGAGGCCUGGCAAAAUAAAACAAUCCAGUGUGAAGGCUAUGUAUAGAAAAGACAAAAUAGAAGAAAAUCUGUGAUUUUCAUCCUGUUAAUCAUCUCUUUGCCUGUCAUGAUAUGUCAUGCUACCUCUAUGAGAACACGGCGAUACCACUGCUUCGUUUCGUCCACCCCUCCCUGAGGCUCUUUCCACUCAAAGAUGUGAAGGGACGAAGUUACUUUGAAGAGCAAAUAUAUUGUUUUGUUCAUGAAGAUACUCAGUGUGUAUUAAAUAACAAGUUUAGAAAUUAUUUUAAAUAUAUAGGUCAAGUAAAUAUACUGUGUUGUUCAACAUAUGUGCUGGUGUGGCAGAGAUUUGUCUGACCACCUUUCAUAAAAAUGCAAAAACCAUCAAACAAAUCUGAUGUGUCCAUAAGCACCAAGCAAUUCAAACUCUGAACAGGUCUAUAAGAGGCUCAUUAUAGCCGCUGAUAUAGACCACUUUUAUGACCAUCGAGUGAAUAAUAGCAACAUGCACGUGGUGUCGACAAAUGGUCUGACCACACAAAAAUAAACACCCACGUCCUCCUCUGACACUGAACCUCUUGUUAGCAGAGCAGCUCACCAUGUCCAUGCAAGGUAUGCUCUCUCAGUACAACUUGUACUUUCUGGUUUGUCCUUGUCCUGAUCUGCGAGAGCUAAAGGGACGUUUAUGGAGAAGGAGAUCACAAAAGAUGAGAACAAAGAGUCUCGGUGGUGUAACAGCUUUAAAGGCUUCAGAUAUGAAGGUCAUCACAUUUUAAUUACGUCUGUCUUUACCUCGUGAAUUUGAGAUUAGCACAUGCAGCAUUUUGAAUUCUUUUAUUCUCCCAUUUGACAAGAAAUGAGCUCAAUUUCUUGUUCUCUAACUUGGAAUAAAAGGCGUAGCUCAAACUUCAGACAACAGCAGUUUGAAUCUGCCUUCGUCAAAGUGUACUUCUCAGUUUCUCACCAACAGCUGAAGAAUGACUUUAAUAGAAACAGAGGAGAGGGAAAUGAGAGCCAGCCUCAAAGCAAACUCUUCACGUCACUGAACACCUGCUUUAGCCUUUUGGUUUCAUGGGAUAAAAUGCACUGAGGUUGCACUUUAGCACAUAAGUGCCCUGUUUGUUUGGUGCACUCACCACAGACAACAAUAGCUGAGUGUCUCAGUGGAUAUGAGGAGGCGUGGGUGGGUUUAUUUAAGAAUUUGGAAAUAUGUUUAUCUUACCUGUUAGUUAUCCGGCUUAAGGCAGCUGGUGGCCAAAUGUUAUGUUUAAUAUGUUAUCUAAUAAUCUACAGAAGUCAAUGUUCAUUAUGUAUGAGAGUGUUAUAAGGAUAUUCUAAAAGAAAAACUUCACUUGCCUUAAUGUGAAACUCUAAUAUGACACAAAGCAUCACUUUCCAUUAAUUUUGGCUUCAAAAGAAAGACAGAACUUUUGUUUGUGACCUGUGUGAGAGGGAUACAGAUAUAUGCACUGAAAUGGACCUAAAGCUCCUAUAAGGAAUUUUUAAAUAGUUCUGAAACAGACUGAAAUUAACACGGUUGCUUUUUUAUGAUCUACUAAAGCUAAAAGAAAAAAAAAGCAACAAGACUGAGUGUGUUUUCAUAGUUAUUAUGUUAGAUACCACUGCCACCGGGUAGGUGUCACUUAAAUUUCAAGCUGCUAAAACAACUUUACAUUUUACACAACAAAGAUUCUCACUGAGUGACACACAAAACUGUUAUAAAAUGAUCAGUUCAGAUCUUUUUGUUAAAAAUACAUCACAGCAUAAAUACAGUAUUUAUUUUGCCCACAGGGGGCACCACAUUGACAAAACAGUCUACAGGGAGCUUUAAAGUCACAAGAAAUUAAACAUAGUACUUUCCUGUCUUUAUUAGGAUCCCCAGUAGUACCACACAAUGUUGCAAAACAAAACAAGCAAAGCCCAGACCAAAAUCAAAAUGUGAAAAUACUCCCUUUUAUUAAAACUGCUGGGAGGAACUUUUGGUUCGUGGCAGCUUUGAUGCCCCAGUUUUGGUUAGCAAAAUGACGUGUCACAUCUUUCGUCCAGUCUGAGUGAAAUUGUCUUUUCAAACAAAAUACUUGAAAAGAAAUGCUGUGAGUUUGCCGUGGAAAAAGUUCAAAAAGGCUUUUUCUUCAGCCCGCUGUCAAUCAUGUGGUCUGGCACCCACCCCCUCACAACAGUUUCAGGCAUCAAAAAUUACAGUCAGCCUUGUUGUUGAUGGUUUCAUCUGUUUUUGAAGGUCACUAAGAGGCAUUAGUUUCAGCCUGUUUCCCAAUCAGCUAAAGUACCGUUGGAUGAAACACAGGACACAGAUGAGAAAACCUCAUAAGCACUUAUAUACAUUCCAACAUGCAUGACUCUUAGUCUGAAUUGUUUUUAGACAAAAUAAAUCAUAAAAAUAUAUUUUUAGACAUAAAAAUCACUACGAGGAUCAUUCUUGUUUUUGUUGCUUGUUUUCGAGGUUUUUAAUUUACAUGUUGUAAGACAGGACGGUGGUCAAAGUAAGACUGUGGGUACUCACCAAACCGCAACCACUAAUCUUUAAAAAUGAAGCCAGAGCACAAGUGCUAAAUUAUGCCAUUCCUUGAGUUUCCGCUUGAGGCCGACUCCAAAAGUCCCAGAAUCCACAAACACACCCAUUCUGAAAGAAAAAAAUAAAAUAAAAUUCGUUUAAAAAAUGAACACAUCUAGUGAAUUAUUUUAUGGUGAAUGAAUUUUGAAGAUAUUGAAGUGAAGAGGUUUGCAUAAUUAAAUGCACGACUAAUUGGACUGACAGACUGUAGCAAUUAUCAGCAACGUAUUACCCUUUGAAGAACUCGAUUCAAACAAACUGUCAAGAAAAUCGUUUUCAAUUAGCCAGACAUCCAAAGAUGAGUCCAUUUUUAAGAGGACCAUUUUCUUCUCUUUUUUUUUUUUUUUACUUUUAAUUCUUUAAACUUGUCAGAGGAUAUGGUUGUGUAUAGAACAAGAAACUGGUAGGAGCGUGUGGGAUGAUGUUGUGAAGGGCUGAGGGUCAGAUUAGAGUCUGGGCCGCCCACUCUGUGGACUGUGGCCUCUUUGCCACUGAGUUAAACCGGCACCUCAAGAAGAGACAGAGCGUUCACAGCAGUAUCAGGGUGAUCUGUAUAAUUAUACAAAGCAGAUCUAACUUAAACACCUAUUUUAUAUAGCUAGCUAAGAUUCGUUCAAAUGUUUGUUUACGUGUUUCUAUCAGCCCCAUUCAAGCUCAUAAUCCUGAUUUAUGUCAUUAGUUUAUUUUGAGCAAAAAUCUAUGGGGGAAAAGUUGCUUAUUCCCCAUGAGCAUGGGGAUUUCACUCAUCUGUGGGCCUAAACGGGAUUAACGGUGUGAGUUAAACUUGUAUGCUAAGCUUACAAGCUAUUAAAGGUAGUCUGAUAAACUAUUUGCCGCCUUUUGAGUAUUUUUCUGUGCUCUAUGCUAGCCAACUGGUUUGAGCAUUGAUUUUACAGAGUAACCUGUCGUUUCAUUGACAAACAUGUUGUGAUCUUGGAGGCAGUAGCUUCAGAUUUUCCCACAACAGUAUUGUUGGGAGUCCUUUUUUCACAGAGUCACACAGCAGUGACACAGUUGGGAAAAAUUCACUCAGACAGCUGCACCAACUAGAAUAGGUAAUGUGUGUGUGUGUGUGUGUGUGUGUGUGUGUGUGUGUGUGUGUGUGUGUGUGUGUGUGUGUGCAUUCGUCCUUUGUCCUGUUUGCUUCUCAACACAUUUCAGCCUCACUGACCCAGCAUCCUGUUAUAGCUUGGGGCAUUAUAGUGUUUUCACACACCGGUGCGAAAACAGCAGCAUUUAUAACCUCCUCUAGUGUUUGCCACCAGCAUCUCACUUACUGGAAAUCCUGGGACUUAGUGAACUUACUGUAAUAGCACACCUGCCACAAACACACUCACACACGCACACAAGUUUAAAAACGAGCAACAACAGGGUGGAAAACAAGUUUAUGACAACAUUUUGCCAUCCGCAAACCCUCUGGCCCAGGGCAGUCCUGGCCCCAGGCCAGACCACAGUAUUCUGACGUACAGUAUGAAGCUGUCUGUUGUCUCUCCCCCGUGUUACUCACCACCCACUCUGGCUCUGUGAUAGGAGGAACCAGGGAACAGACAGCUCCUCCUGAGGGCACCCACCUGUGGCAAAUCAAACCUGAGGCGAGAGGCGGGACUUCACCCAGCCCUGAUGAGUCAGGCAUUACUUGUGCAGCCGGUGUCAAGUUGAGACGUCUGUGGGUUUUGCUGGUUGCAUCAUUUGCAAAAUGUGGUGCCAGUUGCAUGGGCAUAGCUGAGUGAAUGUCUCAGUAAAAUAUUUAGAGUGCUGUUCAAGUGAUGAAGCAAUUCUUAGCUCUGUUUUCUGUCAGGGAUUCUAAAUACUGCCGUCGUGCUGGAAAAAAACAAAAAAAACAAUCGUAUGAUCAAUUCUUUCCAGCAGGGUUUUAUUUUGUUGACCUUUCUGUGAAAUACCUCUACAAGACCAAAAGAUAAAAUCCUCCAUAGACUCUGCAGAAACCUCUUCUUUCUGCUUUUUGCACAUUUUCUAGUGAUAAAUAAAUAGCUUAACCAGGGAAAGAUCUGGCCCUGAAGGGUUAUCUUCACAUUUUGACAUCCCCCAUCCCUCCUUGGUUUUCAGAGAAGAACACUCACACAGCCAAAUAAAACUGUUUUUAAAGUUUGAUGCAACAUUUCUAAACUUUUGUCUGUUGUGUGGAGAGUCUGUGAGGAUAUCAGAAAAACUAAUUAGGACUCUAAGAAAAGCUUUGUUUUAAGGACAGGGAUCUUAAUGAUUCACCCGAAUCCCCUAAAGGUCAUUCAUGGAUGUGUUUUCUUAAAGAUUUUGCUUACUGUCUGUUUUUCCUCAGCCAGGCUCUGAGGCUACCCAAAGCUGGCGAAACCAUCCACGGUCACAAGUUUUUCAUUGGCUUUGGAGGGAAGGGGGCCAACAAGUGCAUACAGGCUGCAAGACUUGGGGCCAAAACGGCCAUGGUCUGCAAGGUAGGUCUAUGGAAUCACAUUUGCAGCCACACCUUUGUUUGUGUUUUUCGUCUUUGUUAGCAUGAAUGCAAGAAUGUCUGAGAAAAAAAUCCCAUUGCUUUUCCAACCUUUGGUUUCUUCACGUCUUACUCAGUAACAAUAAUCAGCAAUCCUCUUCCGAACCAAGUAGUUAACAACUCCCAAAAACCUUGUGGCAUCGUUCACACUUCAGUCAUUUUACAACAUCAACUCUGCAUGCCUCAUUUUCUCUUGAUCAAUACCAUACCACAUGCAUACGCCCACCCACACUUGUGCGCCUUCAAAAAAGCCUAUUCCCUUACCGUGUAACCCCGAGUCUCCAAUCAGUAAGCACAGUGUGGCCUUUCAACCUGAGCACAAAAGCACCGAAGCCCCACCUCUUUCAGAACAAAGAGGCCCGAUCGAUAACAACCCAGUGCGGGAGGAGCUCUCCGGGCAUGGGGAGAACCCAAAAAUAGAAACCCGGGCUUGUCAAAAACAUCCAAGACGGAAGGCAGCUCUUCAAAGAGAUUGGGGCCAAGCAGCCAAUACCAGCCCAACCCACCAUCACAGGCAGCUAGAAGUGCCCGCGAUUUGGCACGUUUUUUGGAAAGCGUGGGUUCGAAGUAGGCGCCUCGGGGCAAGGUGGGGACCCCUUCCACAACCCAAAGUAGCUACAGAUGUGGACAUCCCUGUGCGGAUCAGGGGAAGAGGGGAAGGAGGGAAGGAAAACGAAAGCGAGGUGGGCCUGAAGAGGCGGGAAGGCGGGGUUAUCGUGUCUUGAAGGCUUGGCGCAGCUGGUCGUGUGUUUGCGUGUGUGUGCGUUUGUUGACUUUGUGUGUUCGUUUGUUCACAUUUUCGGCGGCGGCACCAUGCCAGUAUGCUGGCAGGGCACACGAAAAUCCAACCCAACUGAGGUUUGAGUACACCACUUUUCAAAAGUUGCCGCUAACCAAGUCUGACCCCGCUUGACACCCUCUUUGUUGUUAUUGUUUUGCCUUAAAUCUUUUCUAGGUUGGUAAAGACUUCUUUGGAGACAAUUACAUCCAGAAUUUCAAGGACAAUGGUGUAAACACAGGUAGGGUGGAGGGCUCUUUGUACUACAUGCCAAAUUGGAUUCCAUUUCUGUGAUGCAUGGAAACUGUUUUACUCUAGGAGCUGUUUUUUUACACUGUAUUUCCUCAGUUGACUUUACUAACUCCAGACUUCGAGGUAAUUACACUUAGGUUUUUUUUUAAGCCAAUCACAGUUAAACCACCUGAAUUAGUAAAAAUGAAGGUUGUGAAAACUUUACUCAGUGCAAAUAUUAAACUCCUGAUGUUUGUGGUGUGUCCAAAUGCAUUUCUUGGAACGAAUAUGAUGCUGUUGGAUGACUUUUAGUCGUCAUUUUCAAACUCACUGUCAGGCAGAUAAACCAUACUCCCCACAUCUAAUUCAACCCUUACUUAUCUUUCUCUGUCAGAGUUUGUAGGACAGACCUCAGACGCAGCAACAGGAACUGCCUCCAUCAUUGUGAACAGUGCAGGUAAAUGCUUCUACUGCUAGCCCACAACGAUUUCAUUUACACAGAACAAAUGGUGUUGAGGUGCUAUUAAUGCACAUUUUCAUUAGCCACAUACACUCAUAAUGUAAGUUCAUGCAAUCAGUGCCACCAUUGUCUCAUCACCGCUCAAGUGAUUAUAAUCCAUGGCUCAAACACACAAGUGCCUGAAUGUACCUAACCAUGCCGGGUGUCCUCAGGUUUCAAUCUGCAGCUAUCACAUACCUGACACCUGUAAAACAGUUUCAACCCUCUAAUUAACCUCAUUUGUAAUGUGAUUUCACAAGAACUUGAGUUCAUCAACAUCUUUAAAGAGAGGUACUAAUUGUUUUUACAUGGACUUCUUCAAUACACCAUAAAAUGGUCAACAGGCUUUAGAAAUGGAAAAAAAAUUGCUCAAAUUUUAAGCCAAGAUAGAGAUAGGUAUACUUUGUGUAAAAAUAGAUCCAAAAUAUACUGCAGUAAAUCUGUGUCUUUUCUUUCUGCAACGUGCCUUUGAACAGCCAGGAAACUUUACAUGUCAAACAAAUUAUUUUCCAAACUUUUGAGGUAAAAUUAAUAAUUUAAGUGUCUUUCUUUGUUCAGAACAAGAUAAUAUACUCAAUCGUACAGUUAUACAAAUACCUCUUAGGGUGGUUAGCAUUAAAGUAUUGAUUGUGAAGAUUUGAGUGCUUGCUAUUUUGUCCCUUUUAGCACACCAUAGUCAGGCUGCUGCAGUGUCUUCCUGCUUCUAUGAUACACAAUAUUAAUACAACUGUGCUUUUGAGUGAAAAAGCUGACAAGUGCUGCUAAACAGACUGAUAUCAGCAGGCAGAGCUUUUGUGUGUGAUUUAUCCUUCUGUUUUGAAGAGUUUGAAUCACCUAAGGAUGAAGCUUAAUUAAAGGUGUUAUUCACAGUGUUUGCUAAUUACACACGCCUGUUGGCCUGUUUACAGUGGUGAAGUUAUAAACUCAACUCUCCCUUGAUUUCAGAGAGAUUCCAUGACUAUAAAUGGUCACCUUCAUGUUUUUUUGGGGUUUUUUUGUCCUGUGCAGGUGAGAAUGCCAUUGUGAUCGUGGCCGGUGCUAACAUGCUGCUGGGAAGUGGGGAGCUGCACAAAGCUCUGCCAGUCAUCAGACAUGCAAAGGUUCUGGUGUGCCAGCUGGAGAUCAGCCCGCAGACGUCCUUACAGGCAUUACGAAUGGCUCAGGAGAACAAAGGUCAGUCUGUGUUAUACAUGCAGCUAGAAAUGUGAAACAACAUGCGUGGUGACAAGUGGUGUAUUAUUAGCAGAGCAGGUCAAUCUGAAGAUGAUGGUGCUUCCUGCGACCACACACACCUCUUGUACAGAUUGUCUUGCUGUGUGAAGUUGACAGAGUGAGCAGGUUUUGAACUUCUUGACUGAGUCUCUCUAAAAUCUGUGUCAGGUGGACGUGGAUGUCAGAGGGUAUAAAGAAGCUUGUUUGAGUCAGAUAAUACAGUGAGGGACAAAAAACAAAUCAAUCUUUUGAGUUUUCAGUUUGUGUUGCACACACAAACUCUCGUCACUCUAUCAUUUUUAGCAUGAUAGGCGCUCGAAUCUAAUAUCUUCACAAGUUUUUGUGUUUUCCCUGCUGCUCACUUUUCAUACCAACCAUGGAGGCUGAUCACAAGCAAACAGGAUCUGUUUAAUUCUGUAUAAACAUAACCUAUUUUAGACUCCCACUCUCCCUCUGUCCCUUCCUCCCUCCACCUUUUUAGUGACAACCAGGUUACUUAGCUCAUCUUCUCUAACAGCAUCCUAUUAUUAGCACGCCUCGGCGUCAGCAGAGACGUCUGGGGAGCCUCUCGCCCCUGUCAUCCGGGCCCGUCGUUUGUAAUCGCUUGUCGCCGGCUGCCAGGAAUGAAAGAGUCGCAGCCAUAACCGCGCUGCAGAUGGGAUACCCAGAUGGCCUUGCUGAGCGCCACCCUUUUCCCAGAGACCCCCUCCCCGUUGUGUCAACCAUACCACGGGAUUAGGCUCAGCAUGUGGCGCCAGGAGAGAGGCAAGGCGAGCAAAGAUGCUUGGCGAAGAUGCCACCUCGACGCUGCCACAGCAGAGUGUUGCGUAAAUGAAGUUCUCCAGAGAGAAUGGGUGUUAAUGUGUUUGGCAGCGAGGAUUUAAUGACGCAGAGGUGAAGCGGCACUUAAACUACGUAAAUGUCACCAUCAAACCACACACGUCAGAUGCCAGCUCUCAGGAACACUUGUCAAGAUAACCUAUCAAAAGGAGCUUAUUCUCUGUGCAUGUAAUUAUUUCACAUAUGUAUUGAUGUAGUUCAUGGCCACCGUCCAUUUAAUUUUGACAAGUUAAUGGAAGUAAAUUAAUUCUGGAGCUGAAGAAGUGGCAGGAGUUCUGUAGUUUCACUUUUUUUCCCUCCGUCUUCCUCCCCCUCUGCCUUAUCUGUGCAAGAGGCAGUUUUUAUAUUUCUCAUCAGAUGCAAUUAGAGCCUCUUAAAGCCCUUUCGCAUACUCACUGAUGACUCAUUUCUUUUGUGUGUGUGUCUUGAGUGUGUGCAUGCAUGUAAGAGUGUGUGUGACUGAUCUCGGUCUUUCUUCUCUCUUUUCUCCACCCUCGUUUUCCCUUCACCUUUCCUCUUGAAUUGACCACAUUGACAAACGGCCAUUUUUUUUUGGACUCCCUUGGCUGCUCUUCCUGCACAUGUGUGACCAGACUUUGAACCUCUGUGCAAGAAAUGAAAAAGCCCAGAGUCAUGACACACGCACACAAAGUCUGCUGCCAGACAUGACUCAGUGCGCACACAUCCUGGUAUUACCACAUCUGUCCCAGCAGCUGUGAGUGUGUGUGUGUUUGUUUGUGUGCGUGCGUGCAUGUCUGUGUUUGCGUGGUUUCAGUAACACCUGGAGAGGAAAACAAAGCAACCCAAGACAGACAUGCCGGUUAAUGUGACGUCCGCGGCAGCAGCGUGUUGCAUCAGAGAGGCAAAUCCCCACAUGCAUCAGUUUAAUAGGGAUUUUACACAAGCUGCUCUUGUGCGCAUAUUGAUAAACUUCAAUCCUCAGCAGCCUCAUUGCAUGUAUACUUCAGGAGCACUGGGUCUAUGCAUUUGCUCUGCAGUGACACGAUUGACGCAAACACUGUGGUAACACCACAGAUGGCAAAUUAGAGAGCAGAUAGUGGAAGACAACAUUGUACUUCCUACUAGUGCUGAUCAUGGCGACAAAUAAUAAUCAUAUGAUUAUUUACCAAAGUAAGGCAUGAGUAAGCCUUUUACAUGAAUCACUGAUACUUUCUCUCUUUACCCUCUUUCUAUACUGUACAGCAUGUAGCAAGUGCUGCAGUCUCUGACUAAUUACUGUCUGUUCAUUCCACUAAAAUAAAAUAACAUAUGCUCAACACUUAACCCCAUUAGCAGCACAAUUAAACUUACAUAAUGAGCACCUGGUCAGUAUGUGGCCUAUCAUUGUGCCUCAUAUAUUUAAUAUGCAAGUAAGUUUUGACAAGAGAGAAGAUGACUCUUUGUGUAGUGGCUGUAGAAGAGACUUUUUUUCUUUAUUAUGGUGGGCAGAUCAGGUGUUUUUUUUUAUCAUGGUUGGUGGAUCUUUUUGAUAAUACAUACAGUCUCAGUGAUGACGCAGUUGUCACACCAGAAAUCCUAACUCUAACAUAAUUGAAGUCAGCCUCCAGUUAUCCAAACUUAUAACCCACUCCAAUCGUUUUUGUUUUGUUUGUUUGUUUGUUUUUUUACUACCUAAAGUGUUCUCAGUGGUCUUUAAAUUGUGAUUAUGACGUUUUUAGCCAAAGUUGCGUUACCUGUGUCACUUUCUAGAGCUUUCUUCUGCAGAGCUCCAGUAGCUGAAUUAGCAAUUCACGUCUGAGUCGUGGGCGGAGACAGAGCUGCUCUGCACACUUCUCCUCGAGUUAGCUUGUAGUCUAACAUUGCCGGUGUAGUUGAAGAUAGGAGUACCAUAGGAGCUAUUCAGCUCUCGGACACUAAUGUCUUUAGGGACAUGAUGAAAGUUAAUAUCAUAAUUAGUUUUCUUACGAGUACUGCAAUCUGCUAACACGCACGCUUUUUCUGUGGCCUGCAAAGCAGAGCUCAGGGGGCGGAGCUUAGAUUUGCUACGUAGGAAAUCUCACUGUAUUUGAACCUGCCGUUUGGGUCUGCAAGAGAUUCACAGCGAUUUAAAUGCAGAAAUACUCAGAAAUGCAAUUCUGCUCUUAUUUUUCUCAUGAUAUGCCCUGUAGCAUCAGAAUAUGCCAUAUGAACAUGUAGACAUCAAGAAAACCAUGAUUUUCAUCAGAGUGGGUCAUAAAAAUGAAUGCAUGAGGAGAAAAAAUCACCCAAUUGUGUGUGCAAAGAGAUGACCGAGCUAUCCAGACAAAAGAUGAAGCAUGCACAUGCAAACACAAGCUGUAAGAGCAGCCAAACGGAAGGGACUCCAAAUAGAGGAAAAGUCAUUAUAGACACACAUUUGUAUCAACCACAAAUUGCACAGUUGCACAUUUUUACAUUGAAAUUGCAUUAACUGUGCAAAUAGAUAGAUAGAUGACACUUUGAACUUAUAGAAUAAAGUUGAUAAACAAUAUCUUCACAUCAAAUUCACACUUGGACCAUAAUGACUCAAAUAAACUGUAUUUCACAGGCUCUUUAGUGUAUACUGUUCAAAAUGAUCAUAAAUUUUCAUUAUCAGUUGUCAUAUUUAGGGUUUAAGAGUUAUGAUUCUUACAAGUACAUGUCCAUCUUCAAAUUCCUUUAACCUACGCAGCUGUCAAAGUAAGGAAAGUCUUACGAAAGAUGAGCUCCAUGUAAAGAGGCUCGCUCCAUGUCACAGCCAUGUUCCCAUGUUGAAUUCAUUGACACUUCUUUUCACAUGCCAUCCCUCCUGUUCCCUGCUCCUCCUGUCUUUGCAUGGUUUUCACCUACCUAUGAAGGCAAGAAGCAUAAAAACAGAAACGUAAUGACCUUUCCUGUCCGUCAUUUUUCACAUAAUCUUUCAAUAUGGUUUCAAAAACACUCUGCUGAUCAGUCUUCGUGGCCUGUGGGGCAUUAGUUUAAAAAUAUUAUCUAUCCAGUGUUUUUAGAGGAAUAGAGUGGAUGAGUAACGAAUGUAGAGUGCUCUGCUGAAGAUGGAGAUCCCUCCUUUUUGUCGAAGUAAGGCAUCACUUUUCUCGAGACGUUGCACUCAUCCUUGGAACCAAAGCGAAGGAAAUUGAGGUGCAAUUUAGCUGACAGACUGAAAGAGAGAGGAAGACUUAGAGAGAGCCGGUGUCACUUAUUUGGGGAAAUGGUUAUAGCUCAUGUGGGUACACAUACAGAGUGAGUGUACGUGUUGGAAAAGAGAGAGGAGGGAAGCAUCUCCACUUUUACUCGCGAGCAGCCCAGCAUCCACCUCAAAGCGCCAGGUGGCCAAAGCCCUGCACAAACCCACGCAGCUGCUCUCUUAUGUGCCCACGCAAAUACACACACACACACACACAACAGCCAGGCACACACUUUCCCUCAACAGACUUUGAUGCCACCAACACUGAACAUAUAUUCCCCGAAACACACACGUGUGCACGCGUACACGCACAAGGCUUUCUUUUAUACACAGAGAUAUCAGAAUUAAUCGCUUCGUCAAGCUGGGCUUAUCCUCACACAUACACAGAAAUCAUGGUAUUAGAUGCAUUAAUGCUCUCUGCUCAUGAAUAUGCAUGAGACAGUGAUGUGCAACACGUACAGAGGAUUACUUCUGACAAACACUCCUGCUCUCACUCCCUCCUAUGUGCUCCCCGACAUUCACAGUAAGGGUCACAACUCAUCUCACCCACACACUGACACACAUAUAUAGGGUUACAUACCUCACAUCGAAUCUUUUCCACACACACACACACACACACAUACACAAUGUUGGAAACCGCAGGGGUUAAAGCGUAUCACACAAACAGGAUGUAAGGCCGUUUCUCUCCUGUGUUCUUUCCUGGGGAAUGCUAAUUUAAUCGUUUAAAAGGUGUCUUUUUAUAGAAGCUUAUCCACUUGAGCUUUGCCUGUGAGAGCAAUCCUCAGUGGUAGCCCACCAGCCUUUGUUCCCAUUGAAAGUUUAAUUAAGGUAAUGCCAGACCUUGACAGCAAAGCUUAGCAAAUGGAAAAGAAACAUCACCCGACUGUAAAAUGUCUCUCUGAGGGACACUGUCAAAAAGCCGAGCUGACAACUGUAACAGAGCGUACAAUUGAGAACAUUUGCACAUAUUUUAACCCUUCUAUAUAUGACUGCAUGUUGUCCACAGUGACCUGGAGAUUCUGAUUUUUGGAUAUUUGGUCAUUUCUUCUCACAGUUAAGACAAUAUUCAACCCAGCGCCUGCCAUCCCUGACUUGGAUUCAGGUUUCUACGGAGCCUCUGGUGUGUUUUGCUGUAAUGAGACUGAGGUGAUUAUUCACACACGCACACACACACACACAAACACUUCUCUCACAGUAUUUAUCACAGCAACAUUUGAGCUCUAUCACACAAUAACUGUUUUUCUCUCACAUGCCUACACUUGUAAUCAUGAGGGAGUAGAAAGGAACCUAAAACAAACACUAUGGUGGCAAAUGAAUCCUAAACUCCAUGAUGCACAUUUGCACUUUAAUUAUUUCAAACUGGUAGAUCUCCAAAUGAUGGGCUCUCAGUGUCUUACAGGGGUAGAAAAGGAAUUAUUUGUCAUUCUUAGCUGCAAUCUUGUUAAAAAAAAAUAAUAAUAAUAAUAUUCAGCACAAUAGAGAAAGAUUGAAAAGCAUGCUGUCAGUUUGACACGGAAACAGCAGUUUUCCUCUUGAACAACAUGUCACAACUUCGUCCCCAAAAAUGACAAAUGUCCCCGGUUUAUUUUGUUGGCAGUGUCAAAGUCAUCAAACUUAAAAUAGCUCAGGGACUUGCUGUAGCACCAGCAGCAGCAAAAAGCAGGAAGAAAUUGCAGUGGCUUAAAUGGUGUGCUAAAAGGGACAAUAUAGUGUAUGAUCCAUAGAGCAUGACACGGGAGAAGAUUUUCACUCAUGUCCCGUCCCACUCCCAGAGAAAAAAUCCUGUCCCGUCCCAAUCCCGAACCGUAGUAAAAAAAAUUAAUCCCAUCCUGUCCCACUCCCACUUCCAUCCCGCUCCCACCGAAAAUUACUCCCACUCUUGUCCCGCUCCUGUUUGAAUAAAACCAAACAUGUUGAAAAAACGUUGCAUUUUUUAUUUUAGGUAAAAGUGCAGUGCAUAUAAAAGGCAUUGCCUUUAAGUUUCACAUGCCUGACAUUCAGUCGGUGUAAACAAAGUGAAGAUAUAUACAGUGGCGCUUCUAGACUUCAAACUAAAACUAAAACCUGACCUUUCUCGCCUUCCUUGAUGAAAAAUCAUCAAUAAUCUCGUCAUAAGAAAUCUGCUCCCCUAUUAACCCAUUAAGACCUGAACCCUGCCUGAGCUGCGCCUCUGAAAUCCUGAGGGCCAUUUUGAGAAGGGCCCCCAGAUCCUGAGGUUUUCUGAAGUGUUGAGGUUCACAAAAAAAGCUGAUAUCUCAGCCUCUGUCACAAACAGAAACAGAAUUCAAAAAGUAUCUGAGAGCUUAAAGGUGUGGCUUUCAAGAAAGCUAUUUAUUAUUUUUCGGAACCUUCGUCACAUUAUUGAAAACCUUGAACAAACAAACUUAAAUGAAAUAAAGCGGCUGUAUAAAUAAAAGUAAAGACUCUGCUCUGGAGAAUAACAAACUAUUUGCUUUCUGUAAAACAAGUGGCAGUCAUGAUAAAGUGUCCAUUCAACACAAAUGUAAAUAUAAAAAAUAAAGUGUUGAAAGGGUAUACAGCUGCCCUAGUAAAGUGCCAGUACAAGACCAGCACUUAAAACUAGAAAAAUGAAUAAAUAAAUACGUGGCUGACAGUGUGUUCAUCUCUGUGCUUACCCAAAGUCAUGCAACACUCACAGAAAACACCGAUAGUGUGAGCCAAAGCACUCCAUAUGAAGAGGUUGUGCACACGGCUGGAUGUUUCUCCUCCAAAGCUGCUCUCUGCCUCUGUCGUUGUUUACUAAACUCUUGAAGCACGUAGCAAGAUCCGAGCAUGAAUCCAAGCACUUUACUUUAUCAGAGGCAGACUGGUAUGGUGAUUUGAUUCGUCACGACUCUAGAAAUGAUUAAAAAACUACAGAAUGGCACAAAAUGACGUAUCCGCGCUCCCGGCUUGAAGGGUAGAAAUGCGCAGCCGCCCUCUCGGCUUGGAAGGCUGAUACGUGGACAUGCUGUUCUGGUUUAAAUGGGCUAAGUGAUUAAUGCUGAUGAGGGCAAGGCCAGUGAGCCGGUCCUGAGACAUGGUUGACCUUAGGUACGACUUUAUCAACUUCAGUUUUGAGAAGCUCCUCUUUGCUUGAGCCACCUCGACAGGCAGAGUGAGAGCAGAACUGUCCCCUGGAACCCUCUUCCCAUUUCUUCUUAUACAGUCUGUCAGCCUCUGUGCGGCACCUUCACAGUAAGCAAAGGCGCCUACACCAGCAGGGGGUGCCAAUUUGACAAGAGUUAAUACAAAAACCGCUUUGCGGUGCUGAGUUAUUAUUAUUAUCUUUUUUAAUUUUUUUUUUGGAAGUGCUUGUGCUGCCCCCCCAUGAGUCAUGACACAAAUGCCGCCCCGGGCAGCUGUUCGGUUCGCCCAUGCCUGGAACUGCUACUGUAUAUAUAUAUAUAUAUAUAUAUAUACAGUAUAUAUAUAUAUAUAGCACAGAGCAGCUAAUGAAGUCCUGACUGCAGUCUAAUGGCGUGAGCAAAGGGUAGCUUCAGAGAAUGAUUUGUAAACUAUAUACAUAUAUAAAGUGACUCGGAGCGGCUGCCGGCAUAUAUACAUAUAUAUAUAUAUACUGUAUAUAUGUAUAUAUAUGCCGGCAGCCGCUCCGAGUCGCUUUUCACUUCCGUUGGUGACAGGAAGUCAAACCACUGUUGUUGUUCUUUUGUGUUGCUAGCGCGGUCAAGAGUGUUGGCUCUCACUGAGAGAUGACUACAAAAAUGGAUGCAUCUGUUCAUCUGGUUGUUUGACACGGCAGAACAUGAUCAUCUAUUAAUGUUGUUCCGGCUCCUGCCUGCUCCCGUUGCUGUUCUUCCCGUCCCGUCCCGAUCACGGGAUUAAUUAAAAAAUGACUCCCAUCCUGUGGGAUUCCCAUGGGUCACGUGAUUCUCACAGAAUUCCCCGAAAAAUGUCAUCCACUAGUGAUCCAUUAAAGGGAAAUUCCGACAUAAAAUUAAGUUUGGGUUAAACACACCAUAACACCAAGUUAGACACCCCUUUGAGAGAUAAAUGUUGUCAACGGCUUGCUUCUCUAUUAACAACUUUAGUAAUGACCGCAUGACAGCAAUACACAGAGGUCUAUGGAUCCACACACAAACCUCAGCCAAAAAGCCACUCUAUAGCCACAAAUAAUGCUCAGAACAGCACCUAACUUCAUCAACAUUACGUAUAGGGUCCCAGCCAUAGGACUAGCCAUCAAACAUCUUUUUAGCUUUGCCUGAUUUCAUCAGCAAAGAGAGCAAACACAACUCACACACUCUCCUCCAGCAGCAGCUUGUUUGUGGGGGAGCCCUGACGAGUCGAUCACCGAGUGCAGCAGAGUUUUGCAGCUCAAGGAAGAACAUUUAUGAUUAUUACUUCAUGGAAAUGCAAUCAGACAGAGACGCUAAGGCAGAAGAACUACUCCAUCUGCAGUGCAAAAUGAUUAUUAUGAUGAUUAUUACUACAUGGAAAUGAUCUGCUGCAGUCGGUGAUGUGGAAACAUACACCAACAACAUAGACUGCUGUGUGUUGCUAUCGUGCGGUUGUACUAAAGUUGGUAUAACUAGAGAAGCAAACAGUCGACAACAUUCAUCUCUUGAGGGGGUGUCUAACUCGGUGUUAUGGGGUGUUCGACCAUAAUUUAAAUUUAUGCCAGAAUAUCCCUAGAAUAUCCCUAUAUAUAUAUAUAUAUAUAUAUAUAUAUAUAUAUAAAUAUAUAUAUAUAUGUAUAUAUAUAUAUAUAUUUGUAAUACAGUACAUCUGUGGGGGACGAAAAGAAAUAAUUUGGUUGAAAACAAGCACUGGAUGAAAAUAUAUAAGAACCAUUAGACUUACAUGUCAGUAACUCUGCUUCAUUUUGGAUCGUUUCAUUUUGUUUCAUUUAUGCAAACACACUUUCUAAAUCUGCAUUCAUAUUGUUCAAACUGUUUUGAAUAGUCUGUUUUUGAUUAUCACUAACAGUAACCUCCAGCAGUGAUGUUUCAAUAAUCUGAAAUGCCACAGGCUGGUGCAGUCCGUUGAUGUGUUGUGCUGCUUUUGAAGCACCUUGUGGUUUCCUCUGUAAGUACUGAAACAGUCAGCAGGAAUAUUUUCCCUCAUUUCUCAUUGAAAGGAAAUAAUCAGAGCGAUGUUUGGAGCGCCCACACAUGCACCAACCUUUUCACUGUGAUUCAACCGUACCUCCUGGGUCAUGACCCUGCCAGCACAUCAAUAACCCCGCUGCAACCUUUAGCCGCACAUGUAAACCCUCAGGUAUGAUGAGAGGAGCAAAUACCUCUCUCCACCCUUUUACGGUAAAGUCUAGUGUCAUGGCCCUUCAUGUCUUGACUGUCAGGUGAUGACAGAUGAGCGACGGAGGGCAGGGAUAGAUGGGAAUCGUAGUAAAAACAACAAGGCAGAUGUGCACUUUGGCUGAGUCAGCCUCCUCCUCGGGGAUAAAGUGGAUGUGAGUUUGCCCGGGAGCCUCUAUUUGAUGUGGUGAUGCAGGGCGGAGAGAGGAGCUGUAGCCAGGUGUGGGGACAUGAAAGGGAGAGUUGACGAAAGCACGACAUGUCUCCUGCUUUUUUAAAGAGUGCUAGGUCACAGAGGUACAGUCAUGUUGAAUAUUCUGAAACCCUGCAGAAGUGGAAACAACUCAGAAUGAUCUCUGCUGCUGCUGUCAAAUUUUCACUUAAUUCAAAAUCCAUAUUUUUAUGGUUAUAAAAAAUGAUACAAUCUGCAGUGUUUAGCAAUUGUUUAAAGGAAUAUUUCACCAGUUUCAUACUAUUUUGAGGCAUUUAGUGUAAAAAAGAAAAGGACCUGCAACUCUUUUAUAUGAGCAGGCUGCAGCUGCAAAACCCACCCUUCAUUCUGCACCUACCCCAUCAUUUCACAUGCACAGUGCAAUGAGCUGUCAAGAAGAACUAGAGGUCCUCAUCUUUGUUUGUGUUACAAAAUUUGACUGAUGUCUCUCUUUUCCCACUUCUUAUUUUCUUUUCUCUGCUGCUGAAUAAUCUGACAUAAACCGCCAAUCUAAAGUUAUGGGCUCUCCAAAUAAAUUGAGGGUUUUAUAAAAAAAAAAAUCCUUUAUCCGUCACCAGUUAGAUUAUUUGCCAUCUCAUGAUAAAUACGAUAAAUGCAAGUAAAUGACGUAAGCGUGAGCGAUGGACUCACAGUCAUAGCCCACACAGAGCAGAAUAACAAACAAACAUAAGAAUAAGAAUAAGGAGAACUUUAUUAAUCCCCGAAGGGAAAUUCAAUUGUCUGUUGUCUCACAUAAUAUGUCUCCAAAAGUUAUCUACUAUACUAAACAUGGCUGAAGGUAAUGAAGAAGAUGUUUCUGAGCAGCUGGUUACUGAACGGGGCUCUACAUUAGGGAUUUCCUUCAAGAUUGGGAUUUAGAUGAGCACAAACAGGUCUGCCUGACAUCGGACAGUGGAUCUGCUGCUGUUCAUUCUGUGCAAUAAGAGUUUUCAACAAAUGUUGAAAAUGUUUUCACAUUUGAGACUUGUUUGAUGUCAUAUGUUUUUUCCAUAGGCUACCACUCAAACGUGUGGUUAAGUAUCUUAUUUGACUACUACAACUGGUGUUCUCAAGACAAAAUGAGUCAAAAAUAUAGAUUGGAAUUAUAAUAUUUUUUACUGGGGCUUUUAUCGUUAUCGCCAGAAUGGCAAAACUUGUCGAGAUAAUUUUUUUAGCCCAUAUCAUCCAUCCCAACUAUUAUCCUUGGCUGAUUUUUUGGGACAAUAUUCAUUAUCAGGCAAUUAUCUGUUUCUGUCAAAGCAAAGUUUGUUUUUGACUUUGUUUUUCAUUUCUGAUGUCACGCAUAUCGGUCCCAGAUAUCGGUUAUCAUCUAACUGAACUGCUAAAAAUCCUUUCACCUCUUUAAGGCCUAUUUCAGUCAACCCCUGCUUGUCCUCGAUGCUUUGCUGAAUGUGCUUAUAAACCAUAGUGGAUGUUUAGUUCUUGUUCUGUGAAGGUGCCUGAUGUGGUUUCUCCUUGAAAAGCUUUUCAUGCACACGUUUGUGAACCGUUCGAAUUGUUUCAUAAAUUUCACAUUGUUUGUAAUGUGACUCAGACUGGAGAGUUUCCCCUCCAUUAAACAGCUAUAAAACACUUUUACUACUGUUUGUGUAACACAGGAAAAAUGUCUCACACUUCAGACUUUGGUCCUCAACUGGUUUUUGACUAGAUGCAGAAAAAGAGCUAAGAAAAACUGUGAUUUAUAAAUAAGUCUAGGUAAGAAAUGUUCUUAGAUUUUUGUCAAGACGUAAUUCUAAAAAAAGAGGGAACUCUCCCUGACCUAAUAUUUAUACACUCAUUUAAAAGGACUAAGAGUGUAAAAAUAGUUAUUUCUCAUAAACAUGGAUAAAAAUCAUGAAUUACGGACGUGUUAAAAGCAAGAGUUAAACAUUUCCUGCCAAAAGAUAUAACAUAAAUAACUGUAAUUACAGCUUAUUAUUUCCUCCCUUUGGCGAUUUGCCUGAACAUAUGCAUAUACAUGUAUAUUCUUGGAAAGAGGCCUGACAUGUCAACAGCUCUAUAGCACAUAUGCUUUAAAAAGAUAGAUGCUCAGUACGUAUGUGUGUGUGUGUUUGUGUAUAUUUAUAUAGAGUAUGUGUGUGAAAGUGUGUGUUUUAGUGCACACACACACACACACACACAGACACACACGCACACACACACACACACACACACACACACACACACACACAAACACACACACACACACACACACACACACACAGACAGCAAGAGAGACAUAAUUCUAUGUUCUCAUAUAUUCUGGUCCACAGGGGGAGGUAGAUUGAUUCCCUGCUCUGGUGUGAAGCUGAUGACUAACAAAACGGCUCUUUUUCUCUCUUGGCAUCCGACAGCUCCGGGGUGGCUGCGGGCUCUGAAAGCAGCGAUACACUCUGCGGUUUAUUUUUGAACUGUCCAAGGUCAUUGUUCUCUCUGACAGAUCACAAAAGCGAAGGGGGGGAUCAGAUCCUCAGACCCCUAUUCAGCACAAGCAUGAGCCGUGACGUGACCCUCCCAUGUAGGGUUAGAGCUGGCACACAUUCCCUACAGGUGUGUGUGUGUGUGUGUGAACAUGUGUGUGUGUGGUCUUGCUGUGCCAUGCUAAGGCCGAGGGGUAAGAAGUAAGGGGGAGUUGGGGGCUUAAGGAUAACAAAGUGCAGACCCUCUUUGAUCCUCAGCCCACAUACUCCGCUGAAGUGCUUCACAGAGGGGGAAGUCAUCUUUGAUGUCCACCUGAGGACCUCACAGGCCAACAUUGAUCCACAUUUCUGUCAUCCACUGAUCUAAAAGUGAUCUCUCACACACACUUUCACAGAAGCAGAUGGCAGGAAAAAAAACAGACAUUUGUUGUGGUUUUUAAAUGCUCCUUUGUUUGCCACAGUUUGUUUUCUGUGAGAACGGCAAAUUUAAAGGCAAACUUUUACAAGCAAUUACUCACGCGGGAAGGAGUGGGACCACAGCAGUGCUGCCAGAGAGAGAGAAUGUAUAAGGUCAAGUUUAAACUCAAAGACUAGUCCAUCUGUUUACACCUUUUAAAACGCUCUAUAUGUUUGAUGCAUGCAUGAGUGUGCCAUUUUAAUUGGUGUUAAAAAAUCUCUUAAAUAAAUCACUUUGACUUUCUAAAGUUUAUAUAAAUGAUAAAAAGAAAUAAAUAUAAUCAUGCUUUUAAGUCAGGCUUUGUUCAGGCAUGCAUUCAGAGCAGUCAGGAUGAGAAGAAAGAGUAAAGGUGGGGCUGACUGCAGGAGUUAAAUUACCGUAAGUGAGAGGAGCAGCUGUGGUUAAAUUAAUUAAAAAAGCCUUUGUGUAUUUGAUACCCUUUUAAAUUGUGGCUGAAAAUAUGUUGGGAAAAUGCAGUAUUAGUACUUCAAACAGAGUUCCACUUGAAGGAGGUGACUUUAUAAGCAUUAUAGUUUUUUAAGUUAAUGCUAAAAACAUGGAUUUUAUUAUGGAUUUUAAAAUAUGUUUCUGCAGUUGUUAUGUCAGUAAAAUCACAGUGUUGUUACACUGGUUUAUUGUACAAAAUAAAACCUACAAGCUCAACUAUUAUCACUGUGUCAAAGUAAAACAAGUUAUCUUGAAAAUCAUUUGAUGAAAUUUAACCAAAAUAUUAAGCAAGUCUUUUCCAUGUUGGAACAAAACAAUUAUCUGUAAAAAAAAAAAAAAAAAAAACAAUCAUGAGGAGAGAGAGGUAACUCACUAGGAGGGAGUUUGCAGUGCACAUAUGAGGAGAUAAUUAAAAAUAAAGAUAAAACUGAUUUAUUUUUUUACAUUAGCCGAGCAAAAAGAAACAACUGGGAUCAAAAUCUCUCCACAUGAAGGAUACUCAGUUCUCACAUCCUAGAUAUUAUUGUAAAUGAGGGCGUUGCUCUCAAUGAUCUGUGAGUCUAAAUAAAGAAUAAUAAUAUUUGAUCUUCUCUCUCACUGCACAUAAAAUAGAUGAAUUGAUAGGGGGUUUAAUUCAUGCUGCAGAUUUGUAAAAGAAUAAAAAUGUAUAUUUAUAUUGUUGAAUUUCUCUUCAACUCAAAUCUGACAUUUUCAUUCCUCAUUUAAACACGGUUAUAUCAUUUAUUCUCCAGACUUCAGUCUCUGAAUAUGUAACUAAUGUGAUCAUUCUAAAAUAUAGAAUUGCUGCUGUAUCACUUAAUUGAAACCAAUCCAAAAGAAAAUGUGAUUUUCCUUUUCCUCUGACCUUUAGAAAUGUUUGGUUGUAAUCAUUUAGUCAUAAGCAGCCCUGCCUGUGAGGAAGAACAAAGAGACAUGCCUUCAUUAUCAUUCUAAGCUCUGCAUACAACAAAAUCAGGCUUGAUAAAAAAUCUGCUAGUGCAAUAAAAAUACACAUGGAAUUACAGGAUAAGGGGUAAACACAAAGUCAAGUGCAUAAAAGCUGCAAAAUGAGAAUGCAAAAAAAUAUUUAAGUGACAAAAUAUCAAAGUAUGAUUAUGUACAAAUAAUGCAAAAAGCACACAGAGAAGGAUCACCCCUCAGAAAUACACUAACAAUUGAAUAAAAACCAGCCCAGAGACAAGGCUUUGAUUUAUUAAACAUGUUUUGUUUAUUUCUGUUAAACAAAAUAAUUCAGGGAGGAAGUUUAAAGUCUGGGUGCAAGGACAGCUAAGGACUAAUCACCACAGUGUCUGAGACUUUAAAUUUAAUAAGUCAGACCAAAACAUUGAAAGCGAGUGAAAAAUUGAGUAAAAUCCAUUGUUUUAGUUUGAGGGUGGAGCUGACUGCAGGCCGAGCUUAUCUUGUAUUCAAGAUAAAAAAUAUGUCUUGUUUUGAUUCAGAAUGAUGUAAAAUAUACAGAUUUCAAUUUUCUUGCAGACUUCAGUAACACUGACGUUUUUGUCACAUACAUUUCCUCUAAAAAGCUCCUUAAAAUCCUUAGUAAUAACCGUAAAUAAGAAUGACAAUAGUAAUAAUGAUACUAAUCUUUAACAGAGGAAUAUUCAGCAUGUUUAUUAAUCAAUCUGCAUGGAUGUUCUUGGUUUUCAUAACGGCUCAACAGCGUCUUCACGCGGUCACUUUUAUGAGUUUUUAAACAGGGUUGAAAAGGAUCAGAUAUAACUUGUCUCACUUUGUGUUUCACCUGUGUUUUUGUACAUACAUGUACAUCCUUGUUCUCUCCCAGGAGCUCAUCCAAAGUCAUACGGGACGGUUUAUUUUUGCUCUUAGCCCCCAGGUUCCUGUAGCAUGUACACAUUGUAAAAGUUCACUCUGACAUGACUCCUUUAAACUGUCCCUAAAGUAUUCCUGUUUGUUUUUAUCAUAAAAACUUAUUUUCCUGGUCAAUAAACAAUGCCUUUUGGCACAUAUAUUCUCUGUUUUGGCUACAAAAUUUGAAGUACUGGCUGGAAAGGCCCCUAAAUACUUGCUCAUAAACUUGCCGUUGGAUUUCUUUGAAUCACACGUCAAUAAAGCUGUGGCUCCUUUUAUGAAGGCUGCCGUUUACUCAGGAGAGGCCUUUGGGAGCUUCCUUGAAGUUGGUCAAACAUCAGCUGUGGAGUCCUGCUUUGUCACUGUUUAGUCAUUUUGGAGCUGGCGUAGUCAGAGGAUCUGCUCUUUGAAAAUGUUUGGCCCGCAGACUGCUGACUGAUCCAGGGAAAUCUUUAACAGACUGAAUGUGUUUUAUGAGUCUGUCUGACCACUGUCAACGUAUAACAAAGAAAUGAAUCACCCCAGGACUGUUAAUCAGAAACAGUCAACUGUAGAAAGUAAGGACAGACCCGUGAAGGGUUCCAAUGAGGGACCGAUUGAAUGAUUACUUUUACUUAUCUGCCUUCAAUGAAGAGACAAAACAAACUGAAGUCUGCACUCUUUAAAAAAGUGAAGAAACAAGACUCUUCAACGUUAUUUUUUCCUGAGGGAAUUUCCAAAAUGUACUUGUUUAUUUAUCCCACACCAGCAUUGGUUUUUACCAUAUCUUUAAUUUUAAUUCCCAACCUCUGAUUUACUCAGCUUUUACGACUUGAGCAAAAACAAGACAAAGAAAAUGUCUACAAAGCAGAAAUGUUUCUUUCUCGAGGAUAAAUAUUUGAAUAAAGACUGAGACACAUACUAUAUGUGAUUAUACAGCUUGGUAUGUUGUUUCUGCCCCUCUGCUGACAGGCCGAGCUGCUGACGGGUUCCUCCGUCAUAACUGUGGAGGACGCUGAUCGGGCCGCUCAGGAGCUGCUAAAGCGAGGUUGUGGGUCAGUCAUCAUCACUUUGGGACCUCAAGGCUGCGUGGUGCUGGAGGGGAAGGAGUCUACCUCAAAACAUGUUCCAAGUACUGGGGUCACAGCAGUGGACACCACGGUAAACAUGACAGAUGCUUGUUUUAAUUUUGAUUCAAUUAUACUGAGAAUAUUCAAUUUAUAAUUCAAUUGAAGUUUUUUAAGCUAGUGCGUAUAAAUCCCUGUACCUUCACAUCCCACAAAUCCUAAAUCCACCAGAUUUAGAUAAAAACACGACAGUGAAGGCACCAUAAGAGUAGGGGGAAAAAUAAGAGAGUAAAUUUAAGUAUUUUUACACAUACCUCUUAUAAUACAUAAGCAGCAAAUCUUUAUUCAGUAAUAAAAAAAAAAAAAACAAUGAAUCUCCAUACACAGUUUAAAUUGGCUCUUAUUGUUUUUAUGUGUCACAUUAAUUUUUGUGUCAGUGUUACAUCCAAGGCUAACUGACUAAAUCUUCCUCAAUACUCUGACAUAUUACCAUUAAAGCUGAAUGGUGAUAAACAUCACCAUCUCUCCUCUCCUGACAGCUCUGAAAAAGUCAUUUAAAAAAUAAAAUGCAUAUUUUAAAAACAUCGCCAGUGAUGCAGAUCAAUAAAUUAAUGAGGCUAGGGCAUUUAAGUGGUUUGGGGAAAUAUUAUUAUGAGCCAUUCUUCAUAAUGUUGAAAUUUUCUUGUGGUUAAACUUUUUUAAAACGAUAACAGCGAUGUGUAUUUAUUCAUAUAGGCGUUUAAAGCAAUAAAAUGAAAAAUUAAUUGAUUAAUAAAAUAAUAUGAGGUUCCUUUGACCUUCAGCGAGUCACCUGAGGUACUUCCUCUACCUACAUAUCAGCUCCCUAUGAGCCUUUGGGACUUUCUGCUCUUUCAUAAAGAAGUUAAAGAUUUUCCUCUUCAUUCUAACCUGAAAUUAUCUUGUAGAAAUGGGAGUUUUUCUUAUGUUCAGCUGUGAUAAUGUGGUAGUAACAUUUAUCAGCACACUAACGGCUGUAAGAUUGACACUACAGCCGUUAAAUUGGUUUCACUUCAAUGAGGGAGCCAAAAGCGAGAUUAACAAAAAUAUAAACCUAAGAAAACUGCACAAUUUUGAAGCUGUGAAUUCAGGUAACAUCAAUGUGUGUGCAAUACUUUAAAUAUAUUAGGAGUAUAUGGUUGCUUGAAUAGAUAUAAUGAGCAAUAAAUAUGAAACUAACUUUUCUACAUCAACUUUGACGAUUUUCACAUUUUCUUUAUAAAUUUCUUAUUUAAUUUAGGUAGGUUCUGAUUACAGGUCAGGCAUGGGCACAUAUGUCAGUAAAGAGGAAAAAACUGAGAAAGGAAAUUCAUGCAAACCAGCCCACUCCAAAUAUGAUCGACACUGAAUGGAAUUUCUUUAUAAAAUUCUUACAGUAACAACAGAAAAAGCAGAACUUUUCACAGAUCUCACAUCACUGUUCCAUGCUAAAAUAGCCAAACAUCACUUUUAUCUGCCCACGUAACAGCAUUAAGUGAGUUCCUGUUACCAAGAACUCUAGUGGAGCUUCAAAUCUGCUGCUCGAGUGGAACGCUUUAAGAUGAUUGUGGAAGUGGUGACCACCGGCUGUUUCCCUUCCCUGAUUGUAAUCUUUGAAAGAGGCCAGCAUCGCUUGACUCAUUUCACACCGGACUCUGUGGCUUGUUUUCGUCACAGGAGCCUCGGUUUGCUGCUUGCGUUUCCUGUCUCUGAGGUGUUUGAGGUGUUUGUGGGGCCUGUGUUCUUCUGAGCAAACACGUCAUUGCACAAAGGUGUUAAUCAUCUCUUGAUUUAAGUAUUUUAACUUGUUUGUGUAAUGGAUUCUCUUACUGAGGGGUUCCCUGAGGGGACUUUUUAUUGUGCUGUAAUUGCAGGAGCUGUUUAUCAUGCAGUCUAGUAAAAACUGGAGAGAAAUUAUUACAAACACAGAAUCAUAGUUUUAAAUAACAACCACACAAGACAUUGUGAAACUGAGGAAAGAGACAGCAGUCCUUUGAUGGUUUGUGAGACUUCCUCCUGAGCCGGGCGUAAACAGAAAAAGCCUAUGACACUAUUUUCAAUUUAGCCAAAACAGUAUUUUCUUAAUUAUAUUUCUCCUUAAAAAAGAGAGCCAAAUAUCACUUUUUAUCUACCUGCGUAACAGCGUAAGUAACUUCUUUAAACAACAGAAAAGAGACGUUACAGUGCCCAUCCAAAUAAAAAAAUUAGCUCUGGAAGACAAAAUGGCAACAUCAACUGACAUGUGUCAUUGGCAAAAUGAUCAAUUGUAUUCAGCAGAGAUUUUUCCAAAGUAACUAUUUUCCUAAUUGUUUGGUUGGUAUGACAGAGUAUUAGAGCCACAUUAUGAAAAAAAAUACAUAUAUAUAUAUAUAUAUAUAUAUAUAUAUAUAUAUACAUAUGAAGACGUUGAGAUUGAAGUAAUUACUCACGAGAAUAAAGUUGUGAUAAAAUAAUUACUCACAAGACUAGUCUUAAGUCAUUACUCACGAGAAUAAAGUUGUGAUAAGCUAAUUAUUCAUGAGAAGAAAGUCAUAACAAAGUCAAUACUUAAGAGAAUAAAGUCGUAGCUGAUAGCUAUUCUAACCUGUUGUUUUAGAGGAGAGUUGUUUAAAUGAGCGCUGUGGAGCAUUUAGAUAAAUUAUACUUAAGAAGCUAUAGGUCUAUAAACAAGGAGAUACAAAAUCAUUUGGCGUUUCAGCGUCACAUUGUCAUAAGUAUCAGGACUUCAAAAAGGUGCAGGUGUGGGUUGCUGCCAGCAUCAGAGGCAGACGUGGUGCUCGUCGGAGCUCAACUCCCUCUGAUCACAAGUGUUGCUUAUCAUUUAGAUUGUUUCUUAUGAAACCACAAAAGCCCUCUGAAUGACCCGCUGAUGCAUCCACUGGUAACAUAGCAGUUGACCAGUUCCAGCCAUUUCGCCCUUCACAAAAGCAGCUUUAUGACUUUAUUUACUUUAGGACUUCAUUCUCUUAAGUAAUGAUUUUAUUACGACUUUAUUCUUGUGAGUAGCUACUUUAUUACAAAUUUGUUCUCCUGAGUAAUUACUUUAUCAUGACUUUAUUUUUGUAAUUACUUUAUUACGACUUUGUUCCAGUGAGUAAUUUUUUUUAUCACAACUUUAUUCUCAUGAGUAAUUACUUUAAUCUCAAAGUCUCAUUUAAUUUGUUUUUCUUAAUGUGGGCCUAAUACUCUGUCAUCGGUUGGAAAUUUAUUUAGCCACAUGAAAAGACACUCUUCAAACUGUCAAAAUUAGGAACAGUUUAUGUAAUAGGUCAAUCACGUAAUCACAGAAUAUGCUUCAUCAUGGAUGGCUAACAUUAGCAGAGCUAGCACCACCGGCCUACAGUCCUACUUGCAGGUUAAUUUCCACAUGCCUGUGCGGGUUAUAUAUUGCUUCAGCCAAGUGGCUAUUAGCUACUUUUAACGGAAUUCGUACAGAAUAAAACUGCAUCUGUCAAAUGGCGACAUGCUGCAUGAGUCAUCUGAGCAUGUUUUGAUCUAGGUCUUAGGGCGUUCAGUAUCCAAGGCAAUACAAUAUUAAUUCAUUAAGUUACUUCUAAUUUUGGGCUGACUAGCAAGGGUGAAAAUGAGAAAUGUGAGCACUUCGUUGAUAAAAUGAUCCUCCUUGCCAGUCAGUCGACAUGAGUUAUUAAUAUCUCUAUUAUUGUGGGGUUGAAACAUGGACCACAAUAAAGCUAUUGCUCUUCUACGAGGAUGUAAAGAGGCACAGACAACAGAUGCAAUGGUUUCUUACCUUUAAACUUGAUGACUGGUUGGAAUUAAAAUUACUGUUGAAACAGUGGAGUCGCCCCCUGCUGGCCAUCAGUAGAAGACAGGUUUAAAGUGCUGCCUUCUUACGUCCACCUCUUCUACAACUUCUCAGACAUAUAAAGAGAAUACAUAUGCCAUGUUAUGAUUCUUUGAUAGGCUAUUACUUUUUUUUCUGCCUCACCAUAACUGCAGGUCAGCUCAACAGUAGCAUAUUGCUACCUCGGCCCCUUGUGGCAUUUAAGGAACAAAGGUCCUGCCUUUCUUUAACAGUGCGUGACCUCCCCCAUGCCCUCACUUUGUAACAGCAGACACAAACAACUUAUUCAACCUUAUUCAUCGUCUUCAAUCUCCCUGCUUCCCAAUAGCCCCCAGGAAAACUUACCCGCCACCCUGUCCUCCCCCCUUUCCACUGCUGUGACUCACCUCUUGGGCCUGCAUCAGUCAGCAGAAAGCUGUGGUCGGGCCUGCUCUGCAUGGCCUCCCCUUUCUGCACCCCCCCUUUCUGCCCUUUGAUGGGCCCAUAAAUUCAGGAGUGUUUAACUCUUUUGGACAUCAUAAUCCCUCUUCCAGUAAGGCCUUUUUUUUUUUUUUUUUCACUGGCGAGAGGAAAAAAACAACAGGUUGUUAUCAAGAUCAUUAUUCACUUCUCUGCGUCUGUUCUGGUAACACAGGCCGCUGUAGUUAGGAUUACCUCUCGUGUUAGUGAAGAUUACAGAUUGUGUUUUUCUUUCUCGAGGAGAAGUGACAGAUUUUUUUUUUCUUUCAAACGCUUAUGAGCACCAGGAUCUCUAUUUCUGUGACUCCCCAGUUUACUCGUAAUAGACUGUGAACAGAGGCUGCAUUCUAGGAUGGGAUUCUUCGAUAUCAACACAAUGAGUCACUUGCGGUUUCUCGCUAUUUUAUCUAGGCUACUGUUCAGCUGGGCGCCGCAGGUGGCAUGACCCACAGCUGAUUCAAAAACACACAAAACAACCUGUAACUGUUCAUACUUGGAGGCUUUUCCUCACUCUUUUUGUUCAAGAGAAAUAUCUCUCACUGGUUAAUGGCUCGGUUAAUGGCGGCUAAACCAUGUAGCUUUUCAUGAGCGUAACGAUUUCAUCAUCCGCUCCUCCUGCAGCUGUCUGAAUAACACAUUUCUUCACGGCACAAGCAAUUAUCGGGCUGAGUCAGGAUGGUGAAUCUGGAUGACAAAGCACAUCCACUCAUCUACUGUGGGUCUCCCCCAUCCCUCCCUUUUUUAUCCAUUUGUCUUAAAUUGAGUACAGGCUUCCCUCGCUGAGAUCAGAGCCUUGGCUGUUUGGUGUGGAUGGUUAGAUAAGGCGCUUACACAUGCUCACUGCCUUGUUGCCCCAGCAGGACUUGGGUGGCCUUGGUUUCCACUGCUCCGGGAGGUCCAGUAUGUAGGGGCGAGAGUGUAGACGGUACUGUCUGAAACCAGACAUUACAGCUGCAUGGUGGGUCUGGACGGUCAAAUUAUUCCCAGUCUUCUCCUUUGACCGAUGUACCAAUCGUAUGAUUCCUUCCAGGAAGCAAAGGUAAGGGAUACCUCCAGAGAGUUGCAUUCCUGCACUCUACAAACUGUGAGCCAGCAUGACACAAUAAGGAAAAAGUGCCACAUCACCAUUUUUUAAUGGAGCGCACAUUGCCGCUGCAGCUGCUGUUUAGUAACCCAGAUGUUCGGCCAGCCCUCUGCCAGCGCAGGCAUGUCAGUGUUUUAUACAAAAGGGUGAAAGAGGGCUAAGACAAAAGCUCUGCGGAUGGAUCAAAGAUGUGAGAGCUCUAAUUGGUCCAAUUAAACCUGCUUUUGAUCUUCUGAAUCCUCCUCCCUCGUCGCUUCAGCCGAGCCGUUCGCCCCAGCUGUUUGUGAGUCUUUCUGGGAGCUUCCGGACGUUGGAGCCGCUGUGAGUCAUCGCUGCCCCUCAGUUGGUCUUUGCUCUCCCCGGAGUGCCUUUCAUUGACAAAGGCUGUAGGCUUCAGGAGUUAACGGCACAGCGCUCCCAUCUGUCAUAUCGGGAUGGAAGGCAAGAUCGCAGUAGGCCUCUGAGGGAGAAAUACAGUCACAAGUCCUGAGGGAAGCAGACUCUGUAGCUCUACAUUUUCUGUACAUUUUGUUUCGUGUUGUGUUUUUUUUGGCCAGCUUUGGUGCUCACUGCUGCGGCGUUUCUGCUCUGCACUUUACAAAGAUCACUGUCAAUCAUAGUGUGUGGGUGCUGCUGUUGUCUUUGUCCUUGGAUUUUUCUGUUGAUGGACUUCUGAUUUUCUGUAUGCAUUCUUUUGUCUGUCUAUACAUCUGUGGCGUUCAGUGCUGCAUGUGCCAACUUAUUCAAUUUUUUACUUCUAUUUUAUUCCUAACAUGGAGCACUCAUGCUGCUGUCAGAAACAUAAGAAAAGGUUACUUCCCAUGAGUUCCAUCAGUGAAGGCGUCUCAGAUGUAAAAGUUACAGAUGGAAAGCAUACAGUUGCUGUUUGUCACUGCACGGAUGAAUUAAAGGUCGAGUGUAGUGAAAUUUUGUCAGAAAAAUUACUCCGAAGGAAACCCUGAACUGUGGAGCAGGUGAAAUCCAGUAUCAGACAGGAGUGGGACAACGAUUUACAAGCAAAACGCAAAACUGGCCUCCUGGGUUCCCAAAUGGGAUGCGGCAUGAUGGUUAAUGUGCCUCCUGAUUCACAGCAUGUUGCUGUCACCAAAUUAUAUAAGAAUAUUUUUCAUAAAAAGUCAAAAUCUUCAAAUUUUAUUUGUUGUUUUCAGUCAUAAAGUAGGUUUAGUAAGUCUGCACAACACCCCAACUCAAAGGAAAUUAGAGUUGGACCUGCGCACAACAAAAAUAUAAACCACAUACAACCAGCAGAACUUCCUACACUGUACUUUGUUCAUUUGGGAAGCUCCUCACAGACUCAUCCGUCAUCCUAAUUUCUAACUCCAGCGUGAGAACGAGAAGAGAACAGGCAGAGGAACGGCGCAGAGGUCAAGUCGCGGCGAACGGAGCCGACCAGUAAAAGCAUCAAGGCUCAUCGGCGGCGAGCGCUUGUGUCACUUGAUUGACAGGCCUCCACAUCUAACCUUCACCAAACUGUGUCGAGGGCAACGGUUGCGGGGCUGAAGGGGGUAGCGCUUGUCAGCCUCGUUGAGCUUCAUUGACUAGAUCGAGUUGCGUCACAUGCCAGUCUCAGGGAGUGAGACGUUGGUAGUAAGACAGAGGGAGGUUGGGCAGUGUCUCGCACAGCCGAGUGGUGCAAAGUUUGUGCAGAAAUAUGAGGAAAUGUUGGGUCUGUUUUUAUAUGGACCAGUUUAACAUAUAUGAUGGAAAUUGGAGACAGCAUGUUGAUUUUACCAGCACUGCUGUUGUCAGUAUUUUUGGAUUGAAAAAGAUCAAACAUAAAAAAGGUGUCAUUCAAGAUAAAAAAUACAUUGAAAUUAAGCUUCCAGUUCUAGUUUUGUGGAUCCACAAACUCAAAUUUUGGCAUGUGUUUUUUUAAUCAUACAAGCAAUGCAGAUUUUUUUGGCAUGUUGUUUCAUCAAGCAUAAAAUCUUUCUGGAUUUUUGGGGGUAAAUACAACUUAAAUUGAGCCCUAAAACCUAUUUCUAGCAGAUGUGCGACAAAAACAUUAAAAUUAGAGGCUUUGCAGUGUAUACAGGAAAAAAAAACCUAUAGACAGACUUUAUACUAUAAAAAAGCACAAGGUUACAGAUUUGAUCAAGUGCCAAAAAAGCUAAACAAAAAUGUAAAAUUCAUAAAACUGCAAAUGAUUUAACUUGCAAAAAUAUGUUUACAGCUUUUCAGUCCUUGAAUUUUCUUUUUUUCCAUCAUUUUGCUUCUCCUCUAAGCACCAGUCCUGGGUAACAGAUUUGCAAAGCUUUUUUCCUGUUUAAGAAUUCAAAAGAAAUGUAAAAAACAAGGCGCUCGUCUGGAAAAGUAAAAAGCCAGAGCACAACCACUAAUUCAUGAAUGUUGAGAGUGGCAGUAGAGACUAACAAGUGAAAAUCAGCUGAAUAGAAAGUUAUUGUAUGAGCAUGAAGACAAGAUUAGAGUUUGGCAAAAUAAGUACUUAAAAAUACAGAAAUAUGGUGUAAGAAUUUUUAAAUCCUCUCAAUCUUGUCACACCACGCAGGGUUAAACAAAGAAAAAGACCCAAACGCAGAACAAAGGAUUUGAUUAAAAAGAACUAAAUAAAAAAACAACAAAAACUUUCUUCAAAAUGUCUGACCAAAAAAAUCCAAUAGGCAAAAGCCAACUCAAGACACCUGGGGACACAAGCAAAUACACACAUCAACAGACAAUGAACCAACCAGGACAGAGGGGGAGACAGGGACUAUAUACACACUGGGAAACGAGCAACAGGUGAGGCAAACGAGUAACAGGUGAAACUCAUGGGUGAUUAACGAAGGAGGGAAAACUAGGGAAGUAAAAUCAGACUAGAAACACAAGGAAUAAACUACUACAAAAUAAAACAGGAAGCUCUGAAAACUGAUCUAAAGAAUAAAACACAGAGAACAGGAGGGAAAGAGGGUCAGACACAAACUAAAAACUUACAAGACAGGACUACAGGGGAACAGGAACAAUAGGGAACAGAAACACAGGGAAAAUACACAAAAUACACUCAAAUAAAACCAGUAAUAUAUCUGAACAGAACAUAUGACAAAUCUUUGAUCCAGUUGUCUGAAUUUAUUUAAUUUCUUAUUCAUUUUGGGUAACUUUAAAAACUUUUUAAGGGCAUUCAUAUAUUACUGAAGAGUCAUUGUCAUGGAAAACUGACAGAAGUCCAGUAAACUGUCAGGUCACAUCAAUAAUCGGAACGUUCAAGAAUAGAAGUCACUUUUGUUACACUCUGGUGUGAUUAUCCCCACUUAAGUCAAAGCAGAACACAUACCCGCAGUGCAUUUAUGUAAACAUUAACUUUUAACUUCUCUAGAUUUUUCUCAGACUCUUUAUAAGCAUAUGCCAAGUUAAGUCACUGAUAUUGGGGAUCCAGUACAAAAGUAUUGAAGUCACACACAGUUUUGCUGAAUUCUCUUUAUUUCUACAGGUUGAGAAGUCGUCCUUACUUUUAAAAGCAGAGAAAACAAGUCCUUGUUGAACUGUAAAUAUUUUUGUUCUAUCUUGAGGAGAUUACAGAGAUUUGACUAUUAGCAACCUUAAUACUAGUCUAAGCUCUCAGAAACCUGCUUCAGCUCCACACUAUUGUCCUCAGACCAGACAAAGGCUUGUUUGAGCAGGGAUUUGGCCAAAGAUUAGUCGACAGGUGAUUCAAACAGUAAUUAAAUAGAGACAUGUGCUCAACAAAACAAUGGAUCUCCAUGACUAUAAAGACAGCUUGGUUUUAUGUCUAAAUCAGGUCGUCUAAAGUGGCCUCCUUACUGCUCUGAGCUGCUUUGGUCAUCAGUUCCCAAGACUCCGAUUCGAGUCAUAUCAUCAUUUCAACCACAACCUGUGAACUGGGAGACCAGCCAGAGCCAAACCAGUGAGACUGCUUCACCGAGACUUUUAUUUCCAAAUGUAGCCCAGCCCAGCUACCAGACAGGAGACAUAAACACACAGCGGCUUUAAACAUGGAAAUCCAUCAGGCCUGUGAAAUGUUUCAGCUCUGAUCUCACUCUUUCCAGCAUCUCUGCAGUCCAGGCCGGGAGUCAUAGCAGUGGCAUGCACUGAAUGGAUGUCUGAUGCAAUAAUGGACGAACAGAAGUCGAAUCAUAGCACUUUUUUUAAUCUUUCUGCAUCCGUUAUCUGGUUUGUUAAGAAAUACCGGCAAAAUCUAUGACGCUUGGUCUAAGGCUGUCGAGACACUGGUUUGAAAAAUUGAUAUUGUGAUAAGAAUAGCCGUACAGAGUUACUGUAAGUUUCGUUGUAGUCAAGUGGUCCUUCACGUCAUGAAACAGAGGGUGGAUGCAGACUGCUGCCAAACUGAUCAACAGCCCUCUAAGAGAUGACUCAGCACUUUUUCAUUUGACUUAUUACGAAGUUAUAUUUCAGUAGAGUGUUCUUUUUGCAUUGUUUUACAGCCACAGAAAUCUUUUGGUUAAAAUCUGAUGUUGAGACUCUGUCCUCCAGCUGCCCUUAGACCUGGACCCUGACCUGUCCAUCAUGGGGAAUGGCCUGCUAUGCCCAGUUGAGGUCACUUUUUGGGGUUUUGUUGCUCACUCCAUGCCACUGAAUCACUCCAUCACAACUGAAAACCUUUCCUCAGACAAAAGGGUUACUUUAAAGAUGGGGGGUGAGGGAUUUUGGAGAGGAAAGGGGUGGGUUACGGAGGUGCUCAGAGUGCAUUGAACUCUUCGAAGAGCCACAGUGAUGAGUAAUGGAGUGGGCUUGUGAGAACCAGCGUCAGGGGGGCCAUUUGUGGUUAAACAUGAGCGUGUCGCCACAUACCAUUGUGCCUUUUCCCAUCAGCAACCCCCCCCCCCUUUCUCCAGCUAACCCCCUCCAGGGCGUAGACGCCACAUUCCAUCUCUAUCAAUAGAUGAGGAGGGAAGUGUGUGAUUUAUCUGUGCAAAGAUAGCCAAAACCAGAGCUGCUGGCAGUUCUGGUGAAACGGCUGAGAACAAAGUAACCAUGUGCUCGUCAGCUGACUUUGAAGGGCCAUUAGAGAAUAAAGUGGGGAUUUUUGGUUUGCAUGUGAGUGAAUGUUUGAGUGUUUGUUACAGUUUUUAUCUGGAGAAAAAAAAGUUCCAAAAAAGGAUUAUUUUGUUUAGUAAAAUGUUGAUGAACAUAUCGUUUAACCCUGUAAGUAUAUUUAAGUAAAAACACAACAAAGCAGUAUUUACAACACUAUUACAAAAACUCUGUCCAACUUUUAGUAACUGAGAGAGACCAGGAUAUUAAGUUUUGAAGGUUAAUGUUGUCCCAUUCAUGCCUGAUAGAGGAUUUCAGAUGCUCAACAGUUCUGGGUCUCGAUUGUGGUCAUAAUGUGUCAAAUUUUUUCCAUCGGUGUCAGGCUGGACUCUUCUUUUGUGGAGUUAUGCUGUCGUAACAACUCCAGAAUGUAGUUUGUCAUCCUCUUACUGUAUUAAGCAAGGACUUCCUUGCAAAGUCUUUGUCUGGAUGGCGGCAAAGUUCCUGUAUGUACCUCUCAGCAUUAACAGAGUCUUCACAGGUGUGUGUACUAGCCGUUCCAUGGACACUCAUGAUCCCUGAUCACACUGGUAACAGACCAGAGGGUCCCCUCCUUCUUCAGAGCAGAGGAUGUGACAUCUGUGAUUCCUGAAAAAAGUGUCAAUUUUUUGUUGGUCAGGCCGGUCAGUUACAGCUUUUUUUUUUGAUCGGCAAAUACCAGUUUUUUUGUUUGUUUGUUUGUCUUUUAGCAUAACACAACUUUUUUAGCGUUUUGUUGCUCCUGUAACAACUGUUUUGAAACACUUUUUUUGCCGGUUUAGUUUAGUUUAUUCACACAUAUCUUUCACUAUCUAUCUAUCUAUCUAUCUAUCUGUAUAUAUAUAUACAUAUAUAUAUAUAUAUGUAUGUAUAUAUAUAUAUAUAUAUAUAUAUAUAUAUAUAUAUAUAUAUAUAUAUAUACACACACAUAUAUACUGUAUAAACAGUGUGUAAAGGGUGGCCUCAAGGAAGCUAUUGAAAACUUAUUUUUCUUAAAUGAAUCAAAUUUUUCAGUUUUAACAUUUAAUUUUAUGUAUUUGCACAGUUUUUUAUUAAAAAAUAAGCUUUGAAUAAUUUGAAAACCUUCAAAUUCUGCUUUUAAUGUUUCACACAGCGGCAUCCAAGCUUUUGUGGACCCAAAGUUGUAGAAUAAAACAUGUUUAAUUCACAUUGUAGCAUCAGCUGUACAUCUCAGUUUUCAACAUUUGUUUCGAAAUAUCAAACACAUAAAUAUAUCUGCACAUAGACUUACAAUUGCCACAAUAUACCAGGAGUUACAGGGGAUCUAGUCUUGAUCUGGAUCAUCAUGAAAUGGUCAGUCUUUCGCAUUUUACAUUGUGCUCUAACAUUAUGUUUGUCUCACUAGCUCAGGGAAAAAUGUUCUCCUGUUUAAACAUUUAAAGUUACCUCAUCAAAUGUAUAACUCCACAGGCUUGAUCUCUGUGGUUUAAGCCCAUAAUACAGAUGUUACUCUCUAAGAGCUGAGUGACACACAGAGAGUUAUGCAUUAUUCACUCAUUUCAAAGAAGCUGAGACUUAGGGGAGCAGUAAAAGACUUGGAAACAGCUGACAAAUACCACAGCACCCCCUACUGUUGCUCCUUCCAGAGGAAAAUCCCCCUCCAUUUUUAGCACUAAGUUUCUCCUCUUCAAAAUAAAGUAUGAAUCAUUGUGAAGCUGAUACACAGCGUCAGUGAUUUGGUUGCGUAUCCCUCUUACUGAGCCCUGCAUCACCAGGUUUAAUGAUCCUGCUGAGUGAGGCACUUUCCUGCAGUCUGACACAGAGGAACUGAUUGGUGAAAUUUAAUAAAGCACUGUUGUGAUAUUGUUUCCACACAGGGGGCUGGAGACAGCUUUAUUGGAGCGCUGGCGUUGUACACAGCUCAUUAUCCUUCAAUGCCUCUGGAGGAGAUGGCCCGAAGAGCCAAUCAGGUGGCAGGAGUGAGCGUGCAGGCGGUCGGCACUCAGUCUUCUUACCCAAACAGAAAGGACCUACCAGCUGAUCUGUUCUGAGAUCAGGAAAAUCAAAAGUAGAUUCCUGUGUAAGGCUGAAAUGUCUCUGAUCUAUGCAGUCUUCACUGACAAUGAGUUUAAUCUGUGAAGGCCAUUUACGCCUCUGAUCAACAAACCUGAAAAGCUUUACAACAAAAUAUAUCAUCCUCCAGAGCAGAAACCCCUGCAUAACCUUGAAUCCUGCCUGAAUAACUUAAUUGACUUUUUAAUUACUUCUUUUAGUUUGCAGUUAAGAAAAAAACUACAUGAACAUCCUGUUGUGAUAACUUGUGUGAGAUUUUAGCUCCUUGUGGAUUUGAAGGUGUGUUUGGACAGACUUUGACACCUGAAUUUACAAAUGAACAAGAAAAGUCAGCACUCUUAAUGUCCUUGAAUGGCGUAUAGAUUAGCAAUGGACACAUUUCAGCUCGUCUGUUUACUAUCAGUAACAGAUUUGAACAGUUAAAGCUCCUGUAAGGACAUUUUGGUUUUCUUCCAGUGUCUGUGCCUCCUUUUGUGGACCAAAGAGUCUUUGAAUUGCUCAUCAUUUACGUGUUCCAGUUGUGAAUUACAAUAUAAAAGGCAUGCAUCUUUUCAUUGAUGGUUUUAUUUGCUUUUGUUUGUCGUAAAAAGGCAUCAAUAUGGAUUUCAGGGUACUUGAUGAAUGUGCUGGCUUUUCUUUUUUGUAAACUGUAUUGCGUCUCUGCACCUGAGAGAAGUUUAUUGGAAGUGAGUGCUCUUCAUUUUAUGCCUUUCAAACCUGGAUUUCAUCUAAUGGUCAUAACAAUCCAGAUACAAUCUUAUUAACAUGUGAAAUGGGCUGCUCUGGGGAAAAAUUACAUGAAAAUAUAAAAAAAUAUUAAUUAUUAUAAUUUAUUUUAAUAUUAGGCAGAACAAGAACUUGAAAUUGCUCCAUGUUUUAUCAUCACUGGUGCCUAAUGCAUGUGUUGGAUUAUCAGUGGUCACUAUAUAGCAAAAAAAAUGAGGUCGUGGGUUGAAGUUGAAAAUUUACAAUAAAAACUCAUAACCUGAAUAAUGGGGGAGGGGGCAUGUUUGUAGGUUAUGGAUUAACAUAAAGUAUAUAACUGGCAGGGCACCAACCACCUGAGCUGAAAUGAAAAGCUUCAUACACAUUUAAGACUCAAUCUUUAAGCAGAUCAGUACCACCUUGUCAUAAGUUUCAUGAUUCUGAAUUGAUUUUGUUAGACACAGAGUCCAAGUCUGUGUGCUCACUUCAGCUACUGCUGCUUGCUCUUCUGAUAUCACCUUAUAUGAUGUUUUGGCUAUGAUUAAUUUUGACCUGUUAUGAUGCCCUCUAAAAAAUACCACUUUAUUCUUGAAUAAUUAUGGCUGUACACUCCUAAAUACAAGACAUUCUCAUAAAUUUACUUUAUUCUUGUAGUUUUACAACUUACACCUUUCAACUUAACACAUUUAUUUGUAAAUUUACAACUUUAAUACCGAUGUGAAGGUUACUCAUCCUUGUAUAACAUUCAGUUAUUCAAAGACAAAAAACUGACAACAUCUUGAUAUUUAGCUUGUAAAGUUAAUUAUUGAUUCUGUUUAUUUGGUUCACACUCAAUACAAACUCAGUUUAAAUAUAGAGUGGUAACAUCCUUGACUCCACUAUAAUCAAUGAUUCUGUAAAGGACUGAUUUUCUUACUUUGUGUUCAUUUCAACAGCUCUGGAACAAAAUAAGACGAGAUACAACUAAAUAAACAUGACUUUUUCACACAGGA